CAAACUCUCCCUGCAAGUUUGUAUCCAGCAUCUCUCCUCUCAUCCUGCAAGUGCUGGACCGGGAUGCUGGCUGCAGGAGCUAUGGACCCACGAAAAAGGCAUCAGGAUUAUUUGCAUUUCAUUUUCACCUUCCUUCUGAUGCCACACAGCCUUCUCUGCCAAGGGCAGGCUCCUGGGGUAAUUUGGGACACGCUGGUUAAAGAUGGUGUUAUCACAGGUGGAAAUGUUCAAGAUGACCCUAAUUUCCCUGCUCCAAAAACUAUGGGCGACCAGAAGGACGUUUUGAAGAAGUUGAAGGAUUUUGCUUCUGAGACAAUUAUUAGCUCACAAGCAGCAAUAUCUGAGCUACAGCGUGGUGGAGGUGGAGGAGGAGGUGGUACUCCAGCUACUGACCAAGGAGACAUUAAUACUGCUGUUAAUUUACAGAUCCUUAGGCAAAACCUCCCUUUUUAUUUGUCACCUGUCACCACCAAGUCAUCUCUUACCCCAUCCAGCACAGAGCCCAUGUCUUCUGCCCAUCAUAUUCCCCCUUCCAGUGGCUUGCCCCUAGUCACCCCUUUAGUUAUGACUCCUACACUCAAGUCUUCUAAUGGGGCAAAAGAACAUUCCAUAGUCUCCACUACUCCCAAUAUAAACCCAGUUCCCGACAUCCUCAAUUCAGAAAUUACCCCUACCCCCUGUAACUCCCCAACCCCUUCUACACCCUCACACCCUUAUCCAUUCUUCUCAUCUUCUAAAGGUUCUAAAGAAGUUCUUGUAUUGUCCUCCAUGGACCUCCAGGCUGCCUCCCACCGCACAGCUCGCUCACUGAAGCCCAGAUCUAUCUCCUCUUCUUACACCGUGAGGGUACCUGCAGGGGGCGCCCUGGGGGAGACCAUCUUUACUGUCCCAGACAGUAGAUUCAGGGGCAAGUGGUUUGAGGUCAGCUGGCCCUCAGACCCCCCAGUGAGUAUAGAGAGUGGCUCUGGGAGGCUGUACCUGACCAGAAAACUACAAGGAGGACAGAUAGAAGUCCAAGUCAAAGUACACAACCUGGACCAAGGUGAGUGGAUACCGCAUGUAGCAGGGGUGGCCAAAAUAUACACCCCCAUCUCUAGUAGAACCUCAGCUCCCAUUAUGCGUUCACAUCCUUAAAGAUGGCAAAGCAUUAAAUGAGUUGUAUUUCAACAACAAGAAAUGUUCCCUUUAGCCUCCAGUGGCUACACAGGUCACUUAAAUCAGUGGAAACUUCACUCUCUUGACUCUUUGUAUACAAAUGUAUCAAGUCAAAUUUGUGACCAGUCUGUAUGUAUGACAGCCAUGUGUAUCAUAUAUGUCAUUUAGGUUUAAUAUAGGUACAAGUUAUUCUAACCUUGUCUGUUAAACCAGUGUUUCCCAACCCAGUCCUCAAGGCACACCUACCAGUCCAGGAUUUAGGGAUUACCAAAUUGUGUCUAAGUUGUUUUUUUUUCUUCUUUGUAAAAACACCUUAGACACAACUGGGUAAUCCCUAAAUCCUGGACUGAUAGGUGUGCCUUGAGGACUGGGUUGGGAAACACUGUAAGUUAAACCAUUACAGUUCACAUCAGUUACAUCUCUAAUAACUCCUAUUUAUUUAUAGCUAAAACUUUGAAAGUGUCAAUCAUAUUUCACAAAUCACAUUGUAAUAUGUCACAUCCCCAUUCAUUGCCCAGGCUUCAUGGCACCAACAUGUUCUAUAGCGCUGUACAGCGGUCUGGUGGAGAAUAACAUAAUUUUUUUGUAAAUUUGGUAAUGUAAUGUGAAAUGUCAUAGUUUGACUAAAACCUGGUAUAUUAUAGCUGUGAUAUGCCUCAUUUCACAAUACAAAAUAAAUCAAAUAUCUACAUUUUCCCUGCGUUGAUGCCCUGUCAUAUUAGCAGAGUAACUCCUAGUUUCUCUUUAGAGCCAUCUGACUAUUUAAUGCACAAUGAGAGUGAUAUAAAAAUGGAGCAAUCUCACACAGCUAGCUUUAGAUGAGACAGGCUGAUGGAGAAAUUCAAUACACUCCAGUAAUAUAAUAAUGUAGUAUUUGCCCCUAUUUUAUACAUAAUCUAAGAUAAAAUAAACAAAUAAUAAUUAGAUCACCUUUUUUUGUCUAAGAGAUGCAUUCUGGCGCAAAUCUUUUAAUACAUAAAUUCAGAUAUUAAUUGUGAGAUAAUUGCACCACCUCUCAAAUAAACACUUUUUUAUUUUUAUUUUUUAUAAUUCUUUAUUUUUGCAGUGCAUGCUCAUAUAACAUUCACAUAUGAAGGUACCCCAACGGCAUUCCUUCAAUGCAUUUCAGUCGAUUGUAACAUAUAGGUACAUGGUGAAACUUGCACAGUUUUAUAUUUAUGUAUACUGGAACAAAUUAUAUAUCAAGAACCGCUGAAUAACAACAAGGUACAUUAAUAACAGAUUAAAGCUAUAACAGUUAUUGCUGUGGAAGGUGUACAGGGUUAAGCUAAAAGAUUGAUUAGCGUACGUGUAAGACAGGUACACCCUUAUGAGGUCAAGUAGCUGGGCUCAAGAUGAUUAUGAGCGUUCUAACACAGCAAGCCUACAGGUUGUGUGGUCAGUAUUGGCUAUUUCUAUGUGUGCCGCUAAACACUUUUAUCCUUAUUUUCCAACAGGACUGAUAACAUUAUAUUUAUUACCUGUGAUGUACUAAAUGUAUAUAUGUGUGUGUGUGUGUGUGUAUAUAUAUAUAUAUAUAUAUAUAUAUAGUUUGUAUAUUGUAUUUUUGUAAUAUUGCAUCAAUGCAAUGUUUUGUGGAUCCGGGACAUACUUGAAAACAAGAGAAAUCUCAAUGUAUCCAUCCUGCUAAAAUAUUUUAUUAAUAAAUAAAUAAUAAAUAAAUAUAUAUCACAGUAUGCGUAAGCAUGCGUGGGAUAGGCAUAAGGCUAUCCUAACUAUAAGAUAAGGCUAGGGACUAAUGAAAGUAUUUAGAAAAUUGGGCAGACUAGAUGGGCCGAAUGGUUCUUAUCUGCCGUCACAUUCUAUGUUUCUAUGUUUCUAAGUAUCCAACCUUUUUGUAACACAGUAAUUUAUAUAUUAGAUUAUAAAACCCACUCCAUUAUUAUAAUAACAAUUAAUAUUGACAGCGCCAGGUACAUUGCUGUACACAUAUAUGUACCAUGUUCAGAAAGAUUGGGGUAACUAGGGUUAGGGGUCUUUAGGAUUAGGGGUGUUAAAGUUAGGGGGCUUGGGGUGAAGAUGCUGUGAGCAUAUAUAUUCUGUAUUUCUAAACUGCUGUGUUCACACUCAUCACUAAUUUCAUAACCCUUACUCUCUUUAAAACUAAUCUUCCCUUUACUGUGGAUUGUAGUCCCAUUUGUUUAACCCCUUAAGGAUACAUGACAUGUGUGGCAUGUCAUGAUUCCCUUUUAUUCCAGAAGUUUGGUCCUUAAGGGGUUAAGGCUGUCUGAGAAUGAUGGGACGUACAGUAUACCACCUCCACUGUUCACAACAUCUGCUGUCAAGGAACAUACAUUAAAGUGAAUGCAAAGUGAUUUCAUAUUGAAGGUUAAAGUCGUUGAACGCAUACAUGAGUUAGAGAAUAUUUACAGUUUGGCUAUUUUUUUCUUUGAAUUUGAAAUCCACAUUGAAUUCUCACUUUAGUUAAUAGUCCGGUGUACGUAGCAUUAGGACAAUGAUAACAUCCCUAUAUUAACAUGAACUCUUUUAAAUUCACUGUUCUGAAAGUAAUGCUUCAAUAAUUAAUAAAUAAAUAAAUGAUUGUGAUAGGAUAUCCCUUCACCAAGCUGACACAAAAGCUUGACUGAGGUUAAUAUGGGUUGAGAUCCAAAAGGACCUAGAGAACACAGGAUACAAUAUAUCACCACUGCAUCACUUUCAGCCUAUAUUAACCUAAUAUUUUGCAAUUUUCCUCUUUAAUAAAAUCUCAAUUCAAUAUUAGUAAGGUAAUAUUGCUUUAUAUCCAAUCUGAGUCAUCUGAGCAAAAUAACCAGCAACGUUUCCAGUAUACAUGGACUAUGUACCUUUGAAAAUAUUACUGCAAUGGUAACAGUUCCCUGGUUCCUGAAAAAAAUUGUUUUCAAUACCUGAUAAUUCUUAGUUUAGUGACAAAUCCAUAUAGGGUUCAUUCACCAGAUAGUAUAUUGAAAACCCCAUUGAAGAAUUUAGACCAAAGUAGUAGCUGAUAGGGUGAAAUUAUCAAACUCAGCUGUAAUUGAUGUUUGACUAUUUUAGCCUGAAUUUUGCAAUUCUGUUUUCAAUUCACUAGAAUUUACUGUUUAUUGAAUACUCCUCCUUAUUCAUACAGUUACUUGUGGCAAAUUGUGCAAAGCAAUGCAAAAUGUUUUCCAGCCUGUGUAUACAUGAGAUUGGAGAAAUAUAGAUUAAUAAUCAGGAUACUUGACAUAUAUGUGUGUCUUUAUUAACAGUGAAUCUUCCUGGCAUUAAAUAACAAGCAGCUAAGAAACUAUUAUUACUGGGAUGUUAGUAAAGUGAAAAGAUUUCGCCUACUCUGUUUUGUAGUUUAUUUCUGGAUUAUUUUGGUGUAUUUGUAGCUGGUCUUUCCUUGUUUUAAGAAAUCAAUACUGAGGGUAUUAAGAAUUCCUCAACAAAAAAUAAAAAAAGCAAUCCACGUAAGGAGGCAUUCCUUUCGAUAUGAUGGCAGACCAUUCUUGCCAAGGGCUAUGAUCUCUAGAAAUACAGUAUCCUGUGCGUUAAUGACAGUGUAUCGACAGCUUUCCUACCCCCAGGGAGGGACCUUUACCAAACUCUGUCGUUCAAGGUUACAUCUGAUUCACCAGCUUUUUGUACCAUUCCCCAUCACAAGGUGCAAUAUCCUUAGGGCUCAACUCACAGGAUUAUUCUACGGACCGCGUAGACACCAGACAUAUACUAAUUUGAUAUAUAUAAGGAAUGGAAUUAAAGUUUAGCAUCUGAUUGUUGGGAUUCAAUAUGAAUUAGCAGAAGAGACUAACAACUGAUCACAAAUGAGAAUCCUUUAUCCAAACGUAACAAUGAAACCAUGUUUCUAUUUCUCCUCUUCAUUUGCAAUGUUUGCCUUGGAUUUGCCUGGUCUAAACUGGAUUAUGAUGUAAUUUGCUAAAUCAUUAAUAUAAUGUUUAAAAAAAAAAGAAAGUGUCUUAUAAAAAAGGUUAAAGGGACCACAUCUCAUUGAAGUGGUCUGUGUGCGGUGUCACUGUCCCCUUAACUCUGCAAUGUAAAACAUUUCAGAGAAACUGUAAUGUUUAUAUUGCAGGGUUAAUGCUUCCUCUAGUGCCUAUCUUCCAGACAGCCACUAGAGGCGCUUGCUGCUGUUUCACAGAGUUUAACUCUGUGAAACGACUUUGAACUUCCUCACGCUUUGCAUGAGGACAUCCAGUGACUUCCAAAACUCCAUUGGAAAGCAUUGACCCAAUGCUUUCCUAUAGGGAAGGUCUAAUGCGCGUGUGGUGCUCGCCGCACAUGUGCAUUAGAUUUCCCCUUUGGUGUGACUUUGUGGGAGGAGAACGAUCCAGCACCAAGUUAGUUAAGUAUUUGGAGUUUUUUUUAACCCUUUAUUUGCUGGGGACCACUGGUAAGGGAAAGGGACACUAUAGCAUUAGGAAUACAGUUUUGUAUAGUGUUCCUUUAAAACAAGAUAUAAGUCAUAGUCAGUGGUGUAAAGACCAAUCAAGUAACAGUUCCCCACUUAAGGAUGGCUGAGCAUCAUGGGAAGAUCUGAUGUGUCAAGGUUAGCCAAGAAGAAUAUUAGAUUUAUGCUGGCAGCUCUUGCCGUCUUGUGGAAUUCUUGCUAUUUUUAUUUAUUUAUAUUAGUGAGAUAGAUUGAGUUGUCCACUUCACUCAAUUAUUCUUGGCCAUUCGUUUUCUGAUAUUUUGUGAGUCUGUCGCAGUUCAUUAAAUCACAUUCAUCCCAUCUGCUUUGGUAUUUGUUAGAAGUUCCACAACUUGAUAUAGUUUUGUCCCCCCAUUUUUUUUUUUUUUUGAGAGCAGACAAUACAUAUUAUGCUUACAAAAAGGUAACAUAACUCAUCAUUGUCAAAUAAUCUUUUUUUUGCUUCAGGAACUACCCUAAACCAUUGCAUAACGUUGGAUAGGGGACACCUUAGAUGGGCUCUGGGAAAACAUUAAUACUUUGUUACAAAUCUAAAAUUAGGGGAAAAGGCAGAGCUGGUUUCUAAAAUAGGGCCAGAGACCACUUUACUAGGAAGGGUUCUGGUAAUCUGGAUUAUUAUAAAACAGCACAGGACUUUAAAUAAUAUUGCCAAUAAGUAUGAAUUCUGUGUUUUGAUGUACAGUUCUCUGGUACAGAACAUGUUCCAUAGCAGGAGUUUCAAAUCCAGUUCUUAAGGCACACCGACAGUCCCUGAUUUAGAUAUUACCCAUUUUUGUUUCAGUAGGGAUAUUGACAAAACCUGAUAUCUAGUUAUAUAGCAUUACAUAGUAUUAUCAUGUAUAGCUUGGUAAGCAAGGCUCAACAUUUUGGGAAACUAUGGGAUUAUUUAUUUUAUUAUUGCAAUGAUAAAAAAAGUGUAACUCAUUUUUAAUUUUAUUUAUUAAAUGCAAUAAUUAAAUAUAGACAAAGUUGUUUUUUUUUGCCUACCAGUCUGGCUUAUGAUUAUUUUGCAAGGUUAUUUUGUACUAAAAAAUUUGUGAAAUAAUCUCAGCGACGCCAUCUGAUUGGUGCAGUGCAGCAUUUUGCCAUGCAUGUGCAUUAGCCUGCCAAUGUUUUCCUAUGGGAAAGCAUUGGAUUGGCUGAGAUCAUUGAUAAGGAAAACUCAAAACAGACAAACAAAGACAAACAAAGACAAGCAAAGAAGUGACUGAUGCUGACAUGACUUCCUACAGCACAGCUAUAUGCUAUACGCACAGCAAGGGUUUCUGUAAUCUGUAGUUCAAGAUUUUACAGCAAGAAGUUUACUGUAGAAAGUUAACAGCUGACGUACAAUUUUUGGAGCAAAAAUGGAAACUCUGCAUACUGGGAGAAAAAUCACACGUAACGACCUUAUGGCUCAAAACAAAUGAUUAAAUAAAAAAAAUAAAAAAUAAAGACCAGUUGAAAACAUAACUAGCUGUUGGCUAUGCCAAGUCAAUGAUAUUUAACCAGUUCUUAAAUCACAGAGUCCCACAAGCAUUCUCACCUGUAAUCUUAACAUAAUUGGCAGGUUUGGUACAAACCAAGUAAGCUGUGAGAGGAUGCUACUCAGUAUCACUGUGUGAUGUGAUAUCCAUUGUACUCCAGAAAACAGGAUGAUGCUUUAAAAUUAUGUCACCCUCUCUGAAUGUUCCUGAGCUAUGAGCUGGCAGACGGCACUCUUAAUGUAUGCUCACAGAUAUACAUUACAAAGUAUCUUUGUUCACAUGAGCUCAGCGAAAGCCCAAUUUAAUUAGACCUUCAAUGGGUUCAUUUGGCCGAGAAAAUGGACUGCGAUGCGAGAUUUGCUAGGAACCAAAAAAGAGAAUACACAUGCUAACCUUAUGAGAUUAAAUCAAAUAUCUCUUACUAAUCCUAAAUCUGUCCAGAUCUCAUUGAGGCCACGCUGUCUGCUCAUCAGAAGAAUAAUGCUUCUUCAGCUGAAUGGAACUCACCGUCAUUGCUACGGAAGAGGACUUUGACUGCUCAAGCUUCAUGGGAUUAAACAAGAUUUUCCAAUUCCUUUCCCUUUGUUAGUUUCUUUUCAACUCUCAGGUCUCCAUAUGUCACUGCUGCCUGUGUUUUUUCUUUUUUCUGGUAUUGUUACUUUUUAUAUAUAUAUUUAAAUGGAUUAGAUGGCACGUACACAUCUUAGUCCAUUCAUUUUACCAGGACUAGAAUGAAAUUCAAAACUAAUUUCGCAGCUAAAUUCUAUUCUUAAUCAUUAUGCAUGAAUUGUAAUAAUUUAGAUUUUUCGAAGGUAGCUUGCGCCAGAACUAGCCAUAUUUUAUGAAUGACAAUAAGAAGAUAUUCUAAACCAGGGGUCAGCAAUCUAUGGCACUCAAUGCUGCCAGAGCCAAGCAGGCUCCAGCAGGAGUUCCACUGGUACUUCAGAUAUCUGCUAGUGCAAACCGAGCUGUGAUUGCAGGUGUUCCUCAAUGUGCACAUUCAAACUCUUAAAGGGAAGCGAUGGAAAUGCACACUGGAGUAGAGCAGCCAUCAGCAGCUAUCGUAGCUCCUGCCCUUGAGCUGUACCUGGACAGCCUGGUCUCCACUGGACUCCAGGGAAGCCACCCACACUGCUAGAUGUACACAGAGCUGCAGAAUUAUCCUCCCCCUCAUACAAAUACUAAGCACACAAGUCGACAAGAAGCCUUUCACAGGCAAUAACACAGACAAUAAUUUAAGGUAAUAAAAAUUUUAAGGUAAUUUAAACAAAAAAACAAAACAUUCAGCUGCUUUGUUGAAUACCGGUGACUCAUAUGAUGGUUAAGCUUUCAAUAUAUAUUUUUUUUUAUUAACAAGAGUACAUAAAAACAUUUUGCUCACACAUUUUUACAGCAUAUAUAAUCUGUUAUGUGUAGCUGAAGCUCAAUGUUCAAUAUUGUUGACAAAGAAUUAUCCAUGAUGUGUGCAAACACAAGUAUUGGAAAUGGCGGGAUAGGUCAAUUAUCCCUUCCCAGAAAGAUACCCACAGUCAUGAAGGCGUGUCAUUUCUAAAAUCAUGUUUUACUGAUUAAGAAUAGAAAAUUAAAACAUAUUUAAAAGAAUUUGCUUAAAACAAUUACAUAUCAUCAAGAAUAUGGAAAAAUAUAACCAGAAAGACCUUUACUGAAUUCAUAUUUUUGUGAAAAAUAGCAUAUUUAUAUGUAUUGAUAGGUGAAGUUAUGUAGGUUAAAUAGGCAUAGAUUCUACUAAUGCAUUUUGCCUAAAAAACCUGCAUGGUUUAAUGUAUGCUUCCUUAAGGAGCAUGAAAGGCCAUGUAUCCUAGAUUUUCUUUGUUUCCUGUGCUUUUGAGCAAUAAAAAAAAGUUUGAAUUUUUUUUUAUAGUUGUGGUGUUUUUUCACACUAUUUCUUGACCAUGUAGUCAUUUGCUGAGUGGUAAUUUAUAUCGUGUUUAAUUUAUAUUCUGUCAUGCUUGUAGAGAGUGACUGGUACCUGAGCCACAUAACAAUUAUUGUUCCAAAAGAAGAGAGUCUAGAAUGGAGCAUGUAUCCCUUCCCUUACCUGGCAAGGGUUAACCCCGACGCACCAAGAGGGACUUUUGUGUAUCAGCUGUCAGCCCAUUAUUAUAAUGAUGAAAGAUCCAGCAAUGAAAUCUCUUACUACAUCAUGGAAGGUAAGCAAUAUUUUUUUAUUUAUUUUUUUGCAUUUUUUGCAUAGCACUUUGAACUUUAUGGAUAGGGGUAUUUGCUAAAGUAUGACUUAUCGUAAAGAGAACUCCGAGCUGCAGACCAAGAUUGCCGAACUGACUCGGAGACUGUAUCCAGUCUUUCAGUUACUAGAACACAACAUUUGAAUUUCACUGUGAAUUUCCUACAGUUCUAACUUUAGGGAAUACUCCUUUUUAUAUUCAUAUGUAUCAACCUGCUCAGCAGCUUAUUGUUUAAUUAAUAAAACAAAUUCUAGCUAACUUAGGUUUCUGUUGGGCACGAUGGGGUUUCUUCAUCAUCAAGCAGUUGAAAGAAAUACUUUAACUUAUUUAGCAGUUUAUCCCCUUAAAUACAUACAAAUAGGUGGAGUUUCUUGGUUCGUUGAUGCAAAGUAAAAUUUAAUAUUAAAUGAGAACUUGGUAUCACAGUCGUACAUUGAAUAAAGAGUAAGAGACGUGAACAACUACACCCAAAAAAGAGUGUCUGACAUUUGUAGGUAGUUCAGUAAAUUCUGACGGCAGCUGCUCACCGGCAAUCGCGAUGGGGGGACUUGCUUAUCCCCUUUAUCCCCUUACCUGGGUACCCGUCGGGUUCCGAUGCUCCUUGGUUGUCCAGUGAUCCACUUACAACUUUUGCACAGCUGCAGAAGCCAGAAGCCGCGGCAGUCGACAUUCAUUGGUUGAGAAGAGUAUCCGCUUACCGCUCUCAGCCUAUGACUGAAAUUCUGUGCAGCCACUGCAAUGACCUGAUAGUAGUUAUAGUACUUGGAUUGUCCCUGUAAUCAUUUGAGAUAGAGAGACCAGAAAGUGAUAGGCGAUGCUCCUGGAAAGUCUUUUUGUAUGUCAGCUGUGAAAUCUUUUUAAAUCAUGGCUAUUGUGGUUAGUUUGUACACAAGGCUGACAUUAGUAACUUUGCUUCACACCUGUGCAAUGAAAUAUACCUUUUAAGAGUGUUGGGCUCCAUGAACUGUUUGGCAUAGCACAUUGCUACCAGGUUUUACAAUCUAUUCUACUCCUUCACUUUGUAAUUCUGUCCUAUGGUCAAUACAGGUUACAAAUGUAUAAUUUUAUAAUUGUUAAUGUGCACGAGAACACACAAAAAAAAUAUAUAUAUAUAUUCAUGCUGAUCUCUUUAAAGGUGGUGACCAGAGAUUUGAGAUUGCUAAGGAUUCUGGUGUUAUCAGUACCUCUGGGUUACUGUUGAUGUGGAAUAAGGAAUAUACUCUCACAGUCCAAGCCGCCGACCGGCACGGAAAGAAGAGCCCACAUGCCUCUAUUUCCAUUUUAGCUGGGAUUCGGCCUCCGCAGUUUACAAACAUUUCUUACAAUUUAUUUGUUCCUGAAAGCACAAGUCCUGGGAAAAAGUGAGUUUAACUCUCUAUGCAUUAUAGUAAAUGUAUUUAUUGUAACAUUUUAUGGUCUAUAUGAAAAUAAUAAAAACUAUUAUAUCUAUAAUUUUGUGCAUUAAUAAAUUGCAGAUGAGCAUCUAGUGUCAAUUAAUCACUCUCAGACAGUGAGUUAAGCCCGGCACCACUGGGUUUGUCUUAGUGAAGCUCUCACUGUAGGUGUAUAAAAACAUAGAAACAUAGAAUGUGACGGCAGAUAAGAACCAUUCGGUCCAUCUAGUCUGCCCAAUUUUCUAAAUACUUUCAUUAGUCCCUGGCCUUAUCUUAUAGUUAGGAUAGCCUUAUGCCUAUCCCGCCCAUGUUUAAACUCCUUUACUGUGUUUCGAGAAAGAGGAGGAGAGACCCAGCUGUACCCAGCAGACCCAGGUAAGAAGUCAAACUGUUAUAAAAUGGUUUGUCUUCAUAAAUGGGGGUAAGGGAGGGCCAAGGGAACUAGCACCAUAAAUACUACAGCACAGCAUAGUAGAUACUAUGCUCCUUUAAAGUUGCACACAAACAAAAUGGACAGCAAAUCAGCUGGCUUAAUAUUGGGUUGGUACUCACUCAGGGUUUAAAGGAACACUUUAGUGACGGAAUACCAACAUGUAUUCCAGACACUAUAGUCUUAAUGGACCAAUUCGCUGGCUCAGAGCAAAUGCUGGGCUGGAAAGGGGAGGGAAAGAGGGAGUAUUUUAUUAAAUAAUAAAUCUUGUAUCAUCGUUAUAAGCCCUGUGCUGUACACAUAACAGUAAGCAUAGACGAAGCAUAUAGAAAAAGGAGAAAGAAAAUAAGGGGAGUGCCGUAUAAAAAAAAGUGUCUGUAUAAUAAUUGGUGCAAAUAUGGAAAAGGGGCGGAGUCUCCAUAGCAAUAUGCCUGCUGGUUCCACUUGUUUCCACGGUGACUGCGCCACACCAAUUUUCAGAACUCAACAUUUUUAUGCAGUUCCCCUGGAAGGCACAUAAUGGCAUUGUACUUCCCUUCAUUCUGUAAUUAUUCAUAGUAUUGUACCUGCCUGUGUAGAAGUUUACAUAUUUGUCUAAAUGUCUAAUUUCUCAGUCAUUUAAAAAGUCCAAAUUAAUGUUUGUGGAUAUUUGAUCUAGAUCUUUGUGAUUGUCUAUAUACAGGAUAACUAUAGUGGAAGCAGUGUCUUUUCAAAGCACGCCAAUCACCUAUACUUUGUUGGUGAAUCCAAGUGGACUGUUCGCUAUAAACCAGGAGAGCGGAGAGCUGAGUCUCACCCAUGAAGUGGAUUACGAGAGUGAACAUCACCUUUAUCACUUGCUGGUGAAAGCCCUGGAAGCAGACAGCGGUCUUAGCAGUAUCACUGAGGUAUUGCAUCAUUAUUAUUACAUUAUAGGUGCACUACAGUCACCAAAACAACUUUAGUUUAAAGGGACACUAUAGUCACCCAGACCACUUCAGCUCAAUGAAAUGGUCUUGGUGCCAGGUCCCUCAGGUUUUACCCUUCACAUGCAAACAUAGCAGUUUCAGAGAAACUGCUAUGUUUAUAUAGCAGAGUUAAUCCAACCUCUAGUGGCUGUCUUCCUGACAGCCGCUAGAGGCGCUUCUGCAACACUGGAUGCAAAAUUCACAUCCAGCAUGCAGAACGUCCACAGGAAAGCAUUGAGAAAUGCUUUCCUAUGGACUGUUAGAAUGCUCGCGCGGCUCUUGCCGCGCAUGCGCAUUCCGCUCCACUCGGGAGCUGACGUCGGUGGGGGAGGAGAGGUCACCAGCGCUGAGGGAGCCCGGCGCUGGAUUAAGGUAAACUGCUGAAGGCGUUUUUACCCGUUCAGCGCCACGGGAGAGGAACCCUGAGGGUGAGGGUCCCCCAAAGAUGACAUAGUGUCAGGAAAACGGGUUUGUUUUCCUGGCACUAUAGUGAUCCUUUAAUGAAGCAGUUUGUGUGUAGAGAUCAUGCCUCUGAAGUUUCAUUGCUCAAUUAUCUGCCAUUUAGGAGUUGAAUCACUUUUGUUUCUGUUUUUGCAGCCCUGGUCACACUUCUCCUGACUAUGACUGACACAGACAGUAUGAAAGCAAAAUGGUUGCAUUUUCAAUCAGAUAUUAACUUACUGUAGAAGUUUUUAUCUCAUGCUCUGUAAAAUGAACUUACAGAGAAGCCCCUACAGUUCACAUACAGGAAGCUCCUGCAAGUUCUAGCAAGCUAUUACCAGUGCAGGAGAUAAGACAUUAUAAAUUAAACAGAAUUUGCAAUAAAGGAAGUGUAAACAUUAGAUGACUCUUUACAGGAAGUGUGUAAGAAGGCUGUGUGAGUCACAUGCAGGGAGGUAUGACUAGGGCUGUAUAAACAAAGUGAUUGAACUCAUAAAUGGCAGAGAAUUGAGCAGUGAGACUGUUAGGAUACGAUCUGUACACCAAGACUGCUUCAUUAAGCUAAAAUUGAUAGGUGACUAUGGUGUCCCUUUAUAUUAGUAACCAUAUCAGGUUACUGGCAACUGGAAUGCGCCAUGGAAUGAAUGUCCAGACUGGAGAUCCCCCUGCUGUUAUCAUUUCUAUAAAUUGAAUCUUCUUUGAGCCUGUUAUGAGAACAAAAUAUUGGAUGAUUAUCUAAUUUUCUACCUUUUGUUCCCCAGUCUUUUGUAGCAUCAGUAAUUUAUAUAAAGAAUAGUUUUAAAGGUGUCCCCUUAAAAGGGGGAAUGCAAAAAUGUAACUGUCACUCAGCUUUUGAGAAAGUGCGAGAUGCACAAAAUACAUUUGGCUAAUUCCUGUACCUCUUUCUCUGUUAUCCAACAAUAUAUAUUUGCAAGAUGGAAUAGAGUUGUAAUUUUGUUACUCUUUACCCUGGGCUGGAGGCUAUGUUUUUGUGCCCUUGCAAACAAAAAUCAGAAAAGAGCAUAUAAAUGCUGUAUACUCACCCCCUAAUAACAGUAAUUAUAAACUAUAAAAUAUGGAGGCACUCUAAAAGAGAGAAGGAAUGGAAAGUGUCAGCCUUAAAGCUAGGAGAUGAACACAAGUGGAGGGUAGCGGGAGGAGGGCAGGAUUCUAAGACAAUAUAAUCCUGAAUAUUAAAAGUGUAGUGAUAAAUAAAAUACUAGAACCCAUAUAAUUCUUGUAUUAUUUUGAUUUCCUUCCAGGCAAUGAUCCAUAUCACGGAUGACAAUGACUGUUCUCCAGAAUUUUUGAGAUCCAUUUAUAGCCAGGAAAACAUCCUAGAAAACGUUUCUGUUGGUACAUCUGUGUUACAAGGUGUGUGGUUAUGUUAUUGAUUUUGUGGAACUGCGUCAGAUCCAACUUUGCCAUGUUGUAAAGCAUGAAAUAUGAAAGAUGCACAUUCCUGUAAAUGGGUUUCAUCCAUCAGUGGGCUGAUCUUGCUUAUUAUUUCUUAUCAGUUCUAGCACAAGACUGUGACUCUGGAUCCAACUCUGAAAUUUCAUACUUCACUCAGAGUGCAGACUUUUCCAUUACUCUACAAGGCAUCAUUCAUUCUAGCCAAAGACUGGAUUAUGAACGCCCCAAUCACCUGUAUGAGUUUGUGGUCAUAGCCAUUGACAAGGGAAAUCCUCCAAGAACAGGAACCGCAUCUAUUCGCAUUCGCAUGGCCAAUGUUAAUGACGAAGCCCCAGUUUUCUCCCAAACUGUGUAAGAAUAUUCCAUAGUAUUUUAUUCCCACAUAACAUGUUCUUUUUUAUUGACUAGAUGUUCUAAGUGUAGAUAUGACUUUAGUCUUAUCUCUCAACUAUGUAAUAACUUGUUGGACUAAUUUAUUGUUGAUUUUUUUAAUUUUUUAUCAUCAGUCUAUUAUAGGAAUUGUGCUUAUAUGAAUAUCAAGUCAAAACAUUCCCACCAUAACCCAGUUUCUGGAAAAUCAUAGUAUCCACAGCGCAGGUAGGCAACGUACGGUACUCCAGAUGUUGUGGACUACAUCUUCAUUAAUGCUUUGCCAGCAUUAUAGCUGUAACAGCAUUAUGGGAGACAGAGUCCACAACAUUAGGGGAACUGAAGCCUAACCUUGAUCUAUGGCCAUAGGGUACUUAUGUAGAUCUUUGCACACUUCAGGCAGAGGGUGUAGAAAGAAAGAACAAAGUCGAUACAAACACUAAAACUAGGGAACUUGAUGUGUUCGUGAAUAGAGAUGUUUAUUCUGUUUAUUGUUCCUUAUGCCUUGUAACAUUACAGUGCUUUUUUAACAUGGCUUAUCACUGCCGUGGAAACAUAAAAGUAGGACUUAACAAUCUUCUGUUGAAAAUGCUUAAAACCCAUUAACAGGACAUUACAAAGGUUAUGUGUAUAGACUGGAAGAAAGGAGAUUUAGUCUAAGGCAAAAGAAAGGGUUUUUACAGUAAGAAAAAGGAUGUGGAACUCUCUGCACGAAGGGGUGGUUUUAUCAGAGUCCGUACAGAUGUUUAAACAGCAAUUGGAUAAAUACUUGCAAAAACACAAUAUACAGGGAUAUAAUUUUCAUUUCUGGGGUAAAAGCUACUUUUUCCAAGGAUAAUAUAACUCCCAUUCUAUGGUCAAGAAGGAAUUUUUUCCUAGUUUGUUGCAAAAUUGGAAGUGCUUCACACUGGAUUGUUUUGCCUUCUUUUGGAUCAACAGCAAAAACAGAUGAGAGAAAGGCUGAACUCGAUGGAUGCAUAUCUUGUCAGCUGUGUAAUUAUUUCUCUUUGUAUGAGAGCAAAUAGGAGCUUUGAUGCUGUAAAGUGAAAGCAACAAUUCCAGUCUACCUACAUGCAUUUUACACUGGCACACACGUUUAUGAACAGAUAGUUAAUAAAAGAAUAUGGAUCACGUCAAAAUAUUUCCUCUUAUGACUUCUGUUUUAUAAUAAGGUCGCAAAAGAGAUAUAAGACCAUUUCAUGUAAGUUUGCAGAUGGUCUUGUAUCUAAUUAAGCACUGAUAAACUGGGACUGUAGUUUUAUAAUUUAUUAUUUACAUUUACUUAAUUUAUGAGAAUGUAAAGUUUGUCAAACAGUUUUAAAUCUAAAAGGCUGUAAACUGUAAUCCGUAGUCAAACAUAAUUCUACUAGGUCAUCGUACAUGACUGUUAUUUUUCAAUUAAAUUAUUAAAUGAAGCCAAUUUGAUCUCUUUGUACAUAUUGAUUCCAGUUAUAACACCUUCCUCUCUGAAGACGCUGGACCCAGCACUUUGGUGGCAACCAUUCACGCAAUGGAUCCUGAUGGAGACAUAGUUUCUUAUUUCAUUGUUGGAGGAAAUGAGGAGGGCAACUUUGAAUUGGACAGCCAGAAAGGUACCCCAAAUAUCUUCAUAAUUUAGCAUUUUAAGGUCAUCAGUCUGUAUUUAAUAAAAUGAUAAUUUGAAGACCAAAAGACACUCUAGAAAAAUCAUCAUGGUCUUCAGUAACUUUGACUGCUUUUUGGAUUCCAUACACAGCCCAGUCCUGAUAUAAAUGAACCCUGUAUAUCUAAUAUUGAUACAGUAUACCAUGAUAGGCUUCAUAUUUUAUAAAUAUUGCAUCUAUACUUCUUUUUUAGGCAUCUUAAGACUGCGUAAAACACCUCCGCCUAAUUUGACAAGACUUCAGUAUGUAUUAAAUAUUUCUGCGGUUGAUGACAACUCCUCAGACGGACCAAUACCGUUAAGUAGCUUCACUCAAGUUAUUGUGGGAAUAAAUGAUGUAAACAACAACAAACCCAUCUUCGAAGAGGUGAACUCAAAGUGCAGAAUUUAAUUAUAUGUUUAUUUUAUUCGUAAUAAGCGCCAGACAGGACUGUUCUCAAAGUUUUGCUAUGUUAUUUCUAUUUAUUACAUAUUUUUAUAUUUUGAAUAAAUUAUUUAAAAAGCUUAUCCAAAAAUAUUAAAGGAACACUAUAAUCACCUAAAUUACUUAUUAUAGAUCAUUCCCCUGAAAUUUCACUGCUCAAUUCACUGUCAUUUAGGAGUUAAAUUUAAUCACAUACAGGAGGCUAUUGCAGGGUCUAGCAAGCUAUUAACAUAGCAGGGGAUAAGAAAAUCUUAAUUAAUCAGAACUAGCAAUAAAGAAAGCCUAAAUAGGGCUCUCUUUACAGGAAGUGUUUAUGGAAGGCUGUGCAAGUCACAUGCAGGGAGGUGUGACUAGGGUUCAUAAACAAAGGGAUUUAACUCAUAAAUGGCAGAGGAUUGAGCAGUGAGGCUGCAGGGGCAUGUUCUAUACACCAAAACUGCUUCAUUAAGCUAAAGUUGUUCAGGUGACUAUAGUGUCCCUUUAAAUCAAGGUCUAUGUCAUUUAGUCACUGUGUUAUUUAGCUAACAGUAAAGGUCUUGAUUUAAUAAGCCUUCCACAUGAUUCAAUAUGGUUAGAAAAACGUUCCAAAUGAUUUCUCCACAAAAGUCAACAUUAAAGAAUAUGGGGGUCUUUGUAGACAGACUCAUAUGGGAAGUUUUUCUAAAAGUAUUUUCUUCUAAAAGUACUUCAUCAAGCAACAUUUUGUACAUAUAUAUAUAUAUAUACAGUUGUAAUCAAAAUUAUUAACCCCUUUUGAAAAUAAGGUUUAUUGUCAAAAUGUGCAGACUUUCAGCUGUUUGCAGUGAACAAAGCAAUUGAAAUAGCUCAACACAAUGAAUGCCUCAAGUGGUUUCCACAAAUUCAACUGAAAAUGCAAAUUACAAUUACUUCUUCAGUCUCAAAAUUAUUCAACCCCUUCAUGGCAGGCAUCUUUAGUACUUAGUAGAGCACUCUUUUGCUGUUAUGACCUGCUGCAAACGAGAUGCUUAGCCAAAUUUCAGCCUCUGGCAGCGUUCCUGAGGAAUCUUAGCCCAUUGCCUAUGAACAAUGGCCUCCAGUUCAGUAAUAUUCUUUGGUUUGCGUGCUGCAACCGCCUUCUUCGAAUCCCACCAGAGAUUUUCUAUGGGGUUCAAGUCAGGUGGCUGUAGAAUGGCCACUGUAGAAUUUUUCAGGACUUCUUCUGCAACCAAGCUUUUGUGGAAUUUGAGGUGUGCUUGGGAUCAUUAUCAUUUUGGAAGGUCCAAUGGCGCCCAAGAUUCAGCUUCCUCACAGACGGCAUGUCGUUUUCUCCUAGAAUUUCCUAAUACUUCAAUAAAUCUAUCUUGCCUUCUACUUACUGUAGGUUUCCAGUGCCAGAGGAUGCAAAGCAGCCCCAGAGCCACCACCAAAUUCUUAACUGAAGAGAGAGUGUUCUUUUCAACAAAUGCUUCAUUCUUCUUCCUCUUCUUCCUCUUCCUCUUCUACCACUGAUCCAUUGGGCCAAAAAGUUCCAGUUUUGUUUCACUGCUCCAUAGAGCAGAAUCACAAAACUUGUGUGGCUUAUUUAUAUGAUUUGAGCAUAUUGGAGCUGACUUUUCUUGUGCCUUUGUGUCAGUAGUGAUGUACAUCUUGGAGUUCUGGCAUGGAAACGUUCUGUGUUUAGUAUGCGCCUUACUGUGCUCACUGAAACCUCAGUGCCUAUUGCCACCAAGUCUUGCUGCACGUCUUUUGAGGGAUUUUUACAACCUGCCUUCUCAGAAAUCUGGUUGCAGCUAUUGGUAGCUUCCUAUUUCUGCCCUGUCCAGGUGGUUUAACCACUGUCCCUUCAAUUUGGAAUUUGAGAACUAUGUUUCCAACGGUGUCUCUAGCAACAUUCAGUGCCUUUGCUAUGUUUUUGUAUCCUGUUCCUUGUUUGUGAAGGACAAAAAUCUUUUCUCUUAACUUUAUGGACCAUUCUUUUGACUUAGCCAUAUUUCUAACAUGCAGUCAAGCGUGACACUCAACAAAGCCAGUUCAGGUAUUUCAAGGGUUCCAGCUCAAGUACACCUGGUGAAACAAUGAAGCCCUUGGUUAGUUACAUCAGGUGGGCUUGAGACAGCACCUGUUUUGCAUAUUUGUGCUGUUGUGAGGUAUUCAAUUCAGAGGGAUGAAUAAUUUUGAGAAUGAAGAAGUCAUUCUAAGUUGCAUUUUCAGUUGAAUUUGAGGAAACCACUCGGCGAAGCGUUCGUUGUUUUGAGCUAUUUUAAUUGCUUUUGUUUGAUUUGUUCAUUGCAAACUGCUGAAAGUCUGUAAAUGUUGACAAAAAAAACAGAUUUUCAAAGGAGGUUGAAUACAUUUGAUUACAACUGUAUACAUAUUUACAUACAUUCAGCAAACAAGGAAUUGCACUCAUGCACUCACAGGAGUUGCUGUAGAAUAAUCUUCACUGCUUUCUAUCAUUAAAAAGAAGGCUAUAUCACAAGUUACAACGUUCGCUCUCACACCCACGACUUUCAUCUGGUCCUGAUCUAUUCACACUGUGUUGAGGAACAGACACCAGAGGGACAUUUGUGUUUACAAUAUUGUAGUUCAUCAGUAAGAUUUCAUGUCUGCAGAAGCCCAAGAUUCCCAAGAAAGUCCAAGACAUUGUACAUGAAAUAUAAAUCUUACACUGCAUACUGCAUACAGCUGACUUAAUUCCGUCUUUCUCUUAUCAGUGUUCUCAAUACAGUGAAAACACAUGGGUUUUAGAGAAUCAAGUUCCUGGUACCUUCGUCCUUAAGGUAGAAGCCAAUGAUGCAGAUAUUGGUCUUAAUGGAGUAGUGAAGUAUGGUUUAAUGCACAAAGAAGGAGCUAAUCCAAGCUUCAUCAUUGAUGAAGAUACAGGUAUGGAGCACUUAACUGCUUUUAUUUAACUUCAGUGUGAAACAGAGUAACAACUAUUAUUUAAGGCUCUUUAAUUGUCUGUGUGCUCAAAAAUAGCUUAUGGACUAUCACGUUACACAUACUCUAUACGUUGUAUUAACUGUAUUUGAAUCUGUUAAAUAUUUUUAUAUAAUAUAUUAAUAAAAGGUUUCGGGUAGACUUUAGGCAUUUUGGGCACAAACCACCAUCAGAGCGUACAAGACUUGGUUCCUGUACAGUGGAACGUUAGAACCUACUCUGCAAAUCACACUCUGAUUGGCUGCUUAUGAAAAUGGUGUUGAAAUUGCUGUGUGCCUUGUAUUUAUGAAUAAUAUGUCAUGUGGUAAAUUCAUGGCAAUGUAGCCCCUUCAUAAUUUAACAGCCAUAUUUGUGGCAAAUUGCUUCUGAAUCCUUUUUACUUAGUGAUCUUUAUGUACAUAUUUUCAUUUUUGUGUUUUGUGAUAUUCUAAAUGUAUAAAUUCUAGUUGUCUGUUUCCACAGUAAAUCUCAACCUAAUUUCACUGUUAAAUCCCAUUUCAAAUGUCAUGAUAUGGUUAGUCUGCAUGCACCUCAAUAACUGAUAAAAUUAUAUCUCGUAUCAAUAACAAUGCAAUAUUCUUUUUUUUUUUUUUUUUUUAAAUAAUUUUCGCUAACAGGCUUAUCUUUUUCUAGGUGUUAUAACCACUUUACAGAGUUUUGACCGAGAGAAACAAAGAGAAUACAUGAUCUCCGUGACUGCCACUGACCAGGGUCAAGAGCCAUUAAUUGGUGUUUGCCAGAUAACCAUUGUAAUUGCUGAUGUCAAUGAUAACGAUCCUAAAUUUGAAAACAGUCGUUACCAGUGUGAGUUAAGCCCUGGCUCUUAAAAUAAAUAAAUAAAUAUAUAUAAAGUUAUGAGUCAGCAUUACAGGAUUUAACAUUAUGCAAUGAUGAUUCUUCAGGUCCCUGGGCUGGAGAAGGUCUUGUUACAUUGAUGAUGUAAAACCAUGGAAUUGGUGGGUCUUCAAAGUAGACUGUCCUCCAGGGCUGUGUUACUCUGGACACCUCAUAUUGGAUGUCCUGUACUCCACUUGGUCUUCAUACAAUAUCCAUAACUGUGUAAUUUUUAAACACAAGUGGAUGCAGAGGGACAAAUACCUACACACAUUUAGGUACUUAACCACUGCAAUGAAACCAUGACAAUUAAAUGCCCCAUUGUUCCUUGUAUGUGUUGCCAGCUUAGUUAGUGGUGGCCCUGGCAUUUUUUUUUCAAAUAACUUCGAUGCAAGUAUUUGGGGACAUGGUCGGAGUGAUAUAAAAUUCUCCUAUCUUGUCAUGGGGAACAUCUGGCCUGCUGCUGGCCGCCUGGAUCAGCCACUGUUUUUAAACACACCAAGAAUGUAUAUUUACAAGCUUUUAUAUGUAACUUGCCCAUAAAUGCAUUUUCCUGUCUUAUAGACUUUUUGCGGAAGGAUACAGCGGUGGGAACGAGCUUCCUUCGAGCUGCUGCUCUGGACGAUGACCAAGGUAUAAAUGCCGUCAUUACAUACAUCAUGGUGCUCCAGCGUCCAGAGUACUUUAGUAUAAACCCCAGCACUGGAUGGGUGUAUGUGAACUAUCCUAUCUCCCAGGUAGGAGAAACUUCUAUUAAUAUGCAAAUCGAAUUUACUUUACAAUGUUAAUUUGGGUUUGAAACAAUUAAAUUGUGGCUUAACUCAAUUUAGCACAAAAAGUUAGUGUGAUACUGGACAGGUCUAUAUUCAUCUCCACAGAGAACAUAUUUUUCUAUUUCUAUGUAUAUUUUUGUUUAGAUCAGCGGCCCCAUCUAGUGCUUAUAAUUAACAGCCAACCAUCAGAAAAUAUGGCAUAAUGUUAUAAUGUAACAUAAUUUAAAAAUGUAAUUGAAUCCAGUAUGUACAGAUAGUUCUACAAAUAGUUCAGCAGACAGUUCUAUACAUAUCCAUGCAGAUAGGUUAAAUAAUCACAUGGACAAUUCUAUAAAUGAUCUCCCAGAUAGUUUUAUAAAUGAUACAGCGGUUAGUUCUUUACGUAACUCUGUAUGUCGUAUAUUUCUAACCUCACAGAUAGUUCUGUAAGUGCUCAAGCAGAUAAUUCUAUAAAUGAGCCAGCAGAUAGUUUCAUAAAUGAUUUAGCAGAUAGUUCUAUAAAUGACCCAGUAGAUAGUUCCAUGAAUGAACAUCCAACUGAAUUAUCAUAGCUCAGCAGGUAAAGAGCAACAUAGAUGGUUCUUAUUUCCAUCAAUAAGAGACUUCAAACUGUUUUGUUUUUCCAUUAUUUCUCAAUCAAUCUUUACAAUUUUACAAACUAAUAAAAUAUGGAAUAUGUGUUAGUAUAAAUAUGUAAUACUGACUUGAAUCACUUAUUUUUUUUUCUUUUGCCCUAGACAUCACGUAUCUCUCGACACAUUAUAGCCACAGAUGGGGGUAAUCGGAGCAGCAGUGUGGAACUAACAGUGAUCAUUACGAAUGUGCACAACCAGCCUCCUCAGUGGGAGCAAGAGCAAUACUGGGUCUCCGUCCCUGAAAACAUAACCAGGGAUUCAAAGAUUGUGGUAUGUAUAGAUCCACAACAUUGUAGCCUGUAUUCAAAGUCAUUCUGCCAACCUUCAAAGGAUGCUGGGAAUCAAAUCGUGAGCUACUCAACCCCAAUAACAAUGUAAUUAUAUUGAAAAUGAAAAUAAUUCACACACCUUCUGGCACAAUAACAGUGUAUUGAAGGUAAUGGGUGAUAGUUCAAACGAGAGGCACAGUAUCAGCGGGUGAUAGUUCAGGAAUCAGAUGUUGAUCCAAGCAUUGUAACAGAGUACUAAGAGUAGUGGGUGAUAGUCAUAGAAUCCUGGGGUGAUUCUGGCACAGUAACAGGGGUGAUAAUUCAGGAAUCACAGGUUGAUUAUGGCACAGUUACAUGGGGUGAUAGUUCUAGAAUGAGAUGUUAAUACUGGCACAGUAUCAGUGGGUGAUAGUUCAGGAAUCACUGGUUGAUCCUAGUAUUGUAACAGAGUACUGACAGUAGUGGGGGUGAUAGUUCAGGAGUCAGAGAUUGAUUCAGGUAACAGGGUGUGAUAGUUCUGGAAUCACAGGUGCUGUAAUCUCUUUAAGCAAGUUAAAUUUGAGAGUGAGUUGUUGGAAAGUAACUAUAGUGAAACACAUAUUCAGAAGAUGUACAUGUGCAGUUCCGUUUUUAUUUCAUUAAAUGUAACUAUUAACUUUGAUUCCCUGUAAGUACAGGAAUGAUUAAGGCCUUGAUUUAAAGGAUCACUAUAGGGUCAGGAACACAAACAUGUAUUCCUGACCCUAUAGUGUUAAAACCACCAUCUAGCCCCCCUGGGCCCCUCAUGCCUCCAUAAAUAUAGCAAAAUCUUACUGUAUUCAAGCCUGAAGCUGUACCUCUGCAUGCUGACUCAGAAAAACAAACAGUCUGCUGACAUCAUCAUCCAAUCCAAUCCAAUCCAAUCCCAAUGCUUCCCCAUAGGAUUGGCUGAGACUGACAAAGAGGCAGAACAGGGGCAGUGCCAGCAUGAUUCAAACACAGCCCUGGCCAAUCACCAUCUCCUCAUAGAGAUGAAUUGAAUCAAUGAAUCUCUAUGAGAAAAGUUCAGUGUCUGCAUGCAGAGGGAGGAGAUACUGAAUGUUUGGAUGCAUUUUAGGCAGCCAUGACCCAGGAAGGAUCUCUAACAGCCAUCUAAGGAGUGGCCAAUGACGUUAUCACUAGGCUGUAAUGUAAACACUGCAUUUUCUCUGAAAAGACAGUGUUUACACCAAAAAGCCUAAAGGUAAUGAUUCUACUCACCAGAACAAAUUCAAUAAGCUGUAGUUGUUCUGGUGACUAUAUUGUGCCUUUAAUAUUGCUGGAUAAGCUUUCUAAAUGAUUUAAUAUUUUUAGAUAAACUUUUAAAAUAAUUUUUCCAACAUAUUAAAAUAUUAAAAAUAUGUCAUAUUUUAAAAAAUAUAUACAUUUAUCAAAAUAUUACACAAUUAUAAUAUCCAAAAAUAUUAAAUCAUUUUGAAAAUCUUAUUCAACAACAUUAAAUUGAGGCAUACAUUAGACAAAAGAAAGGCUUUAAAAAAGCAAACAGCUGUAUUAAAAAUCAAAAUAACGCUGCAAAAAGCUCAUUUUAUGAGUAUUCUUUUAACUGUUUAAGUGCCUUUACCAUCACAUAUUCUGACCUUUAUCUUCAUCAUUUUCAGACCAUCAAGGCUACAUCACCACUUGGUGAUCCAAGGGUUACGUACAACAUAGAAGAAGGUCUUGUUCCAGAGACAAACUACCCUGUUCGCUUCUACUUAAAACCUAAUAGAGCAGAUGGAUCAGCGUAUGUACUAAUAGCGGAACCUCUUGAUUAUGAGGAAAAUACAUAUUUCACAUUGAAAAUUAGGGCCCAGAAUGUUGCCACUGUCCCACUGGCAUCAUUUACAACUGUUCACAUCAACGUUACUGGUAAGAAUUGUAACUAUAUACCACAAUCCAAUGUAUUGAUGGCAAUACUGAGGACAUCACUAAACAUCGAUAUCUCAUGUUUUUACUUUAAAAUGAUGAAUUGGAAUAUUUUUACAUUAUCAUGGUGAGUAGGCAGUGUCUUGGGAUGUGUGAGAAUAUUUAAAGGGUAGAAAGUGUCUGAGAGGGUAUUUGAAUGUAUUCGUGGAUUUCUCAGGAAUCUUGGAGUGAGUUGUCACGGCUAAGGGCCAGAUUAUCACGUAAGGAGGCUUUUAUAGGGUAUUCAUGGGGACAACGCAUAGGGCAAGAUAUUAACAUAUAACAUAUAUUAAAAUAUAUGACAUGGCAUAAUAAGCUGUGUCACCACUAACCCUUGCAGUUGAAUCCAGCAGAGUCUAUUUACUAACACAAUUUGUAUCUCUGGUUGCAGAUGUUAAUGACAAUGUUCCGUUCUUCACAUCUUCUGCUUACGAGGUGACCGUGCCAGAAGGAGCAGAGGUUGGAACAUCAAUAGUCCAGGUGUUGGCUACUGACCUAGACUCUGGCCAGAAUGGGAAGGUUUGUGAUAACUUUUUUAAUUAUAAGGUGUUCAUAGCAAAAUAAUAUUAUUAUUAACAUAUUUAUAUUAUUCUUGGUGGCUUAAUAACAGAUGCAAAUACAUAAAUGCCAACGCAGCACUUGCAAUUAGAAUAUUUAAAUUAUGCUCAAUUGCUAUUAAGGUGCCUUCCAAUUUCCAAAUGAAGGCCACCAGCAGGUCACUGUAUCGUUCCAUAAAACAUGUAUCAUCUCAAGUCGGUUCCACAAACGCAGCACACAAUUAAUUUGAUUCUGAUAGAGAGCUUCUGACCUGGAAUGUGGGUUCUCAAUAUUAAUGUGUGGCUUGCAAAGAUGCUGGAACGGUAUGUUUCUCAUGACGUCAGCAUGGAGCAAAGUCACUGAGAAUUGUUGUAUACAUGAUACAAACCAAUUAAGGCAGUUCUGUGGCAAAAUGAAGUUCUGUACUUGUCUGAGACCUCUCUCUUAUCUACAAAAGUCUAUUAUCUUUCCUUGACCCACAGACUGCUGAUCUAGAAAACACAGAAUUCUUUAGCAAUCCUUGGUAAUGUAAUUCAUCAAACACUGCAUAGCCAAUUAUGGACAUAUCUUAAAUUUAAAAAAAUAGCUAAAUAAUAGACUACUUCUCUUUAAAUUAAUUAUGGCGCAUGUUGCACCACUGGCCAUACUAGUGUUUAUAAAUGUUUCAGUUUAUUUGUUAUCUUUGCAAUGAUUAUCAGUUUAUUUCCCUGUGCAAAGUGUCUGCAAGCCUCUUAGUAUUUUGUACUAAAUUACAGCACCCCUCCUUCCCUUAAUUUUCCAUUUAAAAAAAUGACAAAUGGUUUAAACAGGCUUGCAAGCAGCCACUCUCCAACUGAAUCUACAGUGCAUACAGUGCUUUCUAAUACAUAAGACCUUUUCAAAUUUUAAUAAAAUUUUCAUAACGUAUAUUAGAAAUGAAGAUACAAUCAGUGCUGAAUUGCAUUAAUUUUAAACAAAGAAUGUCAUUGUAUAUUUAAAAAAAAAUUGAUAUUACUAGCACAGUCAAUUGUUAAAAUAACAUUCUGUCACACGCAGGUGAAUUAUUUAAUACUGAAAGAUGUCAAUGAAGAUUUCCUCUGUUUUACAAUUGACCAUGAAACUGGAGUCAUAUUUACAAGAACAUCUUUUGACAGGGAGAGGCAAGCAUCGUACCUUAUUGAAAUUCAGUCUCAGGAUUCUUCUGAAUCUGCCCGUCUUGGAAUUCAAGGCCACCCUAACACAGGUGAGCAUAUUGCGGCUUCUGUCCAAAGUGCUUAGAAUUAUAUCAUCAGACAGUGAUCUCUUGUAGACAUUUAUGUUUAAGCUCAGUCCACCAGAGUCCAGAGUGGACAUUUAUAAUCUUUCAGAACCCACAUCUGACUACAUAACCAAAAUGUGUCAGACCCAGCGGUAUUUGGCACCCAAAUUUAAGAGAAUUCUUAUUAAUAAUGUAAAAAAUGAGAAUCCACAGGAUACACAGUGUAGGGUGAAAAAUUAUGAAUUUAUUCUGGUUCCAUGUACAAAACAGAAUUACGACGCUUUAGUUGUAAAGGCCUUAAUCAUAUAUGUCCAAAAUGUUGUAUUUCUGCUUUGUCCUUUGGACCAGAAUAAAUUAAUCAUUCUUCACCCUACACCCUGUAGCCUGUGGCUUCUCACUUUUGAUGUACUUUGGGGGUUAACAGACCUCCACCCUAGCGCUCCAGGGCAACACGCUACUACUUUUCUUAUUAAUUAUAAUUCACCAGAUUUUAUAGAGAAUAGUCAGGUUUCAGCAAACUCGAGUGUUUGUAAACACAUAGUGUAAAGGUUCCAUAUGCCAUUGUACAGCGUUACGGAAUUUGCUGACGCUAUAAAAAUUAUAAAAUAAUAAUAACAUGUACUCAGCAGUUUGUAGAUAAAUAUAACCUAGUUCCGGUACCAUUGUUCAGUCUAAAUCGACUCAGUUUGUAUUGACUGGGGGAAUUAUUGACUAACAACACCUUAUUGUAGGAAGACUCACUAUAACAAUUGUACCUAUUAAGUUCACAAAUAAGACCUGUCGGUUACCAAAAUUACUGUAAGCGCUCUAUUUUUUCCCCAGAUACCGCCUAUGUAAGGAUCUUUGUAAGUGAUAUUAAUGAUAAUGCCCCGAGGUUCCCAUUGCAGAGAUAUGAGACCAGUGUGGGAGAGGAUGAAGAUGUGGGUUAUGUUGUAAUAACAGUAAAUGCUAACGAUGAAGAUGAAGGUAUGCUAUAAUUCUUUCAAACUUUUUUAAAACAUAUAUACUAAUUGAAAGUGGAAGUAGUUUACAUCAUGCAAUAAGUAACUCUGUUUGUAACACUGUUUGAAUCACUUCGAUGGUAAUGACCUUUUGUGUAAUUCUUGCGUAAUUCUUUUAAAUGAUUGAGUGUUCUCUAAUACAGGAGCUAAUGCAAAGAUAAGGUAUCAAAUUACAAAUGGAAACGGAAGAGGAAUUUUUGAUGUGGAACCAGAAGUGGGGUCAAUCUUUCUCACCCAAAGUCUGAAUUAUGAACAAGACACCUACUUCGAACUCAGGCUGGUGGCUUCAGAUGGCAAAUGGGAAAACCAUACUCUCGUCAUCGUUAAUGUCAUUAAUUUGAACGAUGAGGCUCCAGUCUUUGCACAGAGUGAAUAUCAUGAAAGCAUUUCAGAGGAACUGACAGAAACACCUAUCUUGGUGCUGCAGGUACUCGGCCUAAACUAGUUAUUAGACAACUCUGCUCCUGUUUUGUUACAAACUGCAAUUCGGCCAAAUGUACAGGUAAUCGUACAAAGUCUCGAUUUCAGAACCGCUACAUAGACUAAUCACGAACAAAACAAACGACUCGCAUAUGAACGGUGGUGCAAAACAAAAAAAGAGAUGACUGAUGGGGAAAAAAGAUGAUUGGCUUUUUUGAACUGACACUAAAUGUUGAUUUUAUUAACAUUUCAGUUAUUAUACUCAUCAAAUAGAAGUAAAAUGUUUUUUAGAUAUAUUAGAUGGUUUAUAAAUAAAUAAUAUAUGAAUACAAAUUGUUUAUUGACCCUCCUCUUUUGUGUACUUUUUCUCACUUGAUCUUUGAACUAAAUGACAGAAAACCAUUUAUAGUAUGUAUAUAUUUGCCGUACAUUCAUUGGCCUAUUUUCUUGCCAUUGCAGUUGGUCUGAUUUGUUUUCCUGAUUUUUUUUUUUCCAUUAUAAAAGUCAGAUGAGCGAACCACCAUGUGGUAGAAAUUUGUAAAAAUAAAUACAUUUAUUUUAAGACAAAGUGGGUUGGCCAAAAAAAAAUGUUUUCAUUCAUCACAAGUCUAUCAGUUAUCUUUUACAUUGGCGACUCCAUGCCCUAGAGAUCUCCAAUAUAUGAGAUAUAAAGACUCUUCUAAUUGUUUUGCAGACUUUGACAAGGUUGUGUAAGUGUUCUAUUCCCAUUAAAAAAAUUAAACAUUUAUUUUUAAACUUGUAGGUGUCAGCCACUGAUCCUGAUCAAGAAGCUGAUCAGACUGCACUUCAAUAUUCCCUGCAUGGACAGGGGGCUAACAAUGAAUUUACCAUAGAUCAAUUCAAUGGAAACAUUUAUGUUCAGAAAAAACUUGAUCGAGAACAGCAAGCAGUAUGGCGUUUUCUGGUUCUCGCUACUGAUGAAAAUGGGGAAGGUUUGACUGGAUUUGCUGAUGUGAUUGUUGACGUGAAAGAUGUCAAUGACAAUGCACCAUCUUUUCUCUGCAACUCCGAAGGAUGCUUUGUGGGGUAUAUAGAAGAAAACUCUCCUGCUGAUACCACUGUGAUGGAGAUGGCAGCUGUGGAUUCAGAUGACCCCAAAUCUGGAAACAAUGCAUUACUUACUUAUAGGAUUGUAAAAAAUAUCCAGAAUGAUAUAAAUCUUAAUCUUUUUGCCAUUCAUCCUUCUACUGGAUCCAUAUACAAUGUUUUGGGGUCUUUGGAUAGAGAGAAAGAGGACAAAUAUUUGAUUGUUAUAGAAGCCGAAGAUGGAGGAGGACUCAAGGGGACAGGAACAGCUACGAUUUUGGUGUCAGAUGUUAAUGACCAUGCCCCAGUUUUUACUCAAAAGGUUUACGCAGCCAUCAUUCCUGAAAACUCUGGUAUUAACAGUGAGUUAGCAAUAUUUUAUGCUCUGGACCUGGAUGAAGGUGAAAAUGCAUUAUUGACAUUUAGUAUCAUUGCAGGAGAUGAUGACCAUAAGUUCUUUAUAGAGACAGAUAAAAUUCAGAAGCGAGGAAUCCUACGUCUUCGGAAAAAAGUGGACUAUGAAAAGUCCCAUGAGAGAUCUUUUAACCUGACAAUAAAAGUAGAGGACUUGGAUUUUUUUACUACCACUUACUGUACUGUCCAAGUCGAAGACUCAAAUGACCAUCCACCAAUUUUCUACCCACACUUUUAUGAAGUUGCUCCUUUGUCGGAAGACGUUCCUAUUGGUACUGUGGUGGUACAAGUGUCCACAAUUGACUUGGACUCUGGGAUUAAUGGAAAGUUCUCCUAUCAUAUUCUUAAUUCGUCUGACCCUCUUGGUCAGUUCUCUGUUAUCAAUGAUGGUCAGAUUGUUGUCUCUGGACAAUUAGACAGAGAAACAUAUGCCCAGCAUUGUUUGGUGGUACUUGCUACUGACAUGGGUGAGCCAGCAUUAAGCGGAAGUGCUACCAUUGUUUUCAGCAUUCAGGAUGUAAAUGAUAAUGCCCCACAAUUUGAAGUCCAGUACAGCCCAAUGAUUUGGGAAAAUACAGAGUAUCCACAUAUUGUACAAAUGAAUAAAACUUCAGUGUUGCUACAUGCUACAGAUGAUGAUACGGUUAUGAAUGGACCUCCAUUUUAUUUCUAUCUGCCAAGUGAUAUGUCCAGUGUGAAUGACUUCAGUCUACAAGACUUUCAUAAUGGUAGUGCAAUGAUUACUGCACUACGAAGUUUCGACAGGGAAGUGCAAAAAGUCUUUAACUUACCCGUUUUAAUCACUGACAGUGGAACUCCUCCCUUGACGUCAACUAAUAUGUUAACAAUUCUUAUUGGAGACAAAAAUGACCAUCCUCAUUCGCCGGGACAUUUGGAUUGCAUGGUCUACAGUUACAAGGGUAACAUGUCGAUGUGGACAGCUGUUUGCCAAACAUACCAAUAAUAUUUCACUAACUAGACUAAUGUGUUAUUUAGAAAGCAGUAUAAUUUACUUAAGUCAUACUUGUAGGUAGUCCUUAGAGAUGGGCAGAACCAGAAAUAAAAACAGAAAAAUUGGUGGGGGGGAAUGUUGUUUUCCAAAACCAUUUAAAAACAAAAAAAUAAGGUUGGAAUAUGUUCUUUUACAAUGAUAAACAAUAUGUCCACGACAUAGUGUUUAUAUAUUUAAACCUCCAAUAUUUCUAAAAAAACAUAUUUUAACCGCAUUUCUUUAUCUUCAUAACCUUUAUCUAAAUGCUGACCUGAUUCUGUUCUCCCAUCAAAGCAUACAAGGCUACGUACUAAAAUGAGAAUUUAAAGUGAAUUUGAAAUUUAAGGCCAGGGUAGCAUAUCUGAAAGCUAGCUGACUUACAUAUUUUUUCAGUUUCUAUUUUGACUGUAAAUUUGAAAUUCACUUUAGUAAAUAACCCUGUUAGUGUUUACCUGUAAUCUGGCCACUAAAUUGUCGUUUUUCUCCUCUCCGUAAGAUGAUGAGGCCAACAUAUUCACAGUUCAAUGCAGAAACCCCCCCACAAAAUUGCAAAUACUGUCAAAACAAGUAUUCUUUUUCCAAACUCUAUCAGAAAGACAAAACACAUCCUUGCAGGCCAGAGGUGGCUGAAAGACAUUAAAAUACUUAAUGGAAUUGCAUGAGGAAGAAUAAAAUCUGAUUCUUCUCAUAUGGAUGUUUUGGUCAAUGAUUCUCUAUCAGAAAACUUAGUAUGAAAAAACUCUAGUUCUGUAGUAGUGAGAGAGGGAGCCCUUGUGGGUGUCUGUGGGUAGGGGGGAGGGGAGGGAAUUUUAUUAUUUUAUUACAGUGUAUAUAUUAAAAUUAUUUCUCAUGAAAUAGGCACUUUCACAAAACAGGAGCUAGGGUGACCCCCUAAACACCCCAAAAGCAAUUCAGCAAGCAAGUGCUUUCAAUUUGGAGUAUCUCUAAUGGAAAUUAGACUUUCUCUUUGUUUGAUACUAUGAAUUAGCAGAAGGAUUAGAAAAAAACAAAAUAAUGUGCUUGAGUUUUCAUAUUUUUUUUAUGUUGAUUUUUUUUCGUUGUUUUUUAUUGUUUUUGCGGGGGUUGUCUUUUCUCGUGUACUGGCAAUAGAGAUUCCUUAUAGUUCACGUGAUCUUAACAUAUCCAAAGCUAUUUCAAAAAGCUUAUUUAGUUUAUUAUUUGUUUAAUAAGCUAUGUUUUUUUUCGGAAAAUAAUCAGGAAAAUACCCUGUUUUUAAAAUAUCAUAGGUUAGAUUGAAAUGUUAGAUCUAGUUUUACGAAUAAUCCAAUCUCUUAACAGGCAUCCUCCCAUCACUUGACCUUGGUAAAGUCUUAGCACCGGAUCUAGAUGACUGGGAAAACAAAAUGUACCAUUUAGAUGGCAAAUCAAGGUAAUGGGCAAGAAACAAAUAUAGCAUGGCUACAAAGUGCCAUGAUAUAUACGUGUGUAUGUUGUGUGUGUAUGUUUUAAUUUGUUUAUUUCUAAGAAGUGCACUUCACACACUACAAGCUAUCUUAAAUUGCUUAUUAUACAAUUAUUAGUAAGUAGUGAUGGUGGUGACACAAUUAUAUAUAUAUAUAUAUAUAUACUUUGGUAAAGGGACACCAAAACAACUUUAGUUUAAUGAUGUGGGUAUUUUGUUUAGAUAAAUCUUGACCUUCCAGUCUCAAUGCUAAAUUAUCUGCCAUAAAAGAGUUACAUCACGUUGUUUAUGCAGCCCCAGCCAUGUCUCCUCUGGCUGUGACUCAUGCAAUCUCCCUAUAGAUUUCCUGAAAAGUGCUCAAGUUUCUAAUUUCACUUAUUGCACAGUGUGUUUAAUUUAGAAUUUAUCUCUUGCUCUAUUCAUUUUCUGUUAGAGCCUACAGUAGCCUUCUGUGUAUGAUUAAUUGACAGAGGAGGAGAAAAUUAAUUUUAAAGCAAAAACACUGUACAUUAAACUUUUUUUUUUCCAUGGAGACCCCAAUUUAGUAUUGUUGGAUAUGCUUUUCCAAUGAUUUAAGAUUUUUGGAUAGACUUUUAAAAUAAUUUUUCCACAUAUUAACAUAAAAAAAUAGAUUGUAUAUAAAAAAAAUCAGUAAAUCAAAAUAUUACAAUAUUAAAAUAGUUUUCAUAAUAUCAAAUAAUUUUAAAACUUUAUCCAAAAUAUGGUAUCAUUUGGAAAGCUUAUCCAACAAUAUUAAAUCGAGGCUCAAGUGUUAUAGCUUCUAAUUAGAAGAGAAUUAAACAGCGACACUGCAGGUGUAUGAUCUAUCUACCAAAUCACUUUGUUCAGCCAAAGUUGUUUUGGUUCUUAAAAGGCCCUUUAGUUGCAAUAAAUAGCAUUUAUUACAGUGAGUGCUAAUGCUCCCUAGUGGCCAUAUAUAGUUACUACACCAUAUGUUAAUAUGGUUAAUAUGAGCAAUGGAUUAUAAGAGAAAUGUUUAUUUUGAGAUAUAUAGCCUGGUCAUUCCUCUAUUCCUGUAAUUUCACCCCUGCCAUAGACUCUUCUCCCUUCAUGAAACCUCUGGCCUGCUAACCAUGAAAGAAGGAGCCAUGCCUGGAACCUAUAAACUGAGAGUAAAAGUGACAGAUGGCAUCUGGCCAGACGUGCUCUCUACAGUUAAGAUUGUAGUCAUUGACAUCUCAGAAGAAGCAGUCCAAAAUGCAGGGUCAGUGAGGAUGAAAGGUAAGCAAGCCUUCAAUGUUAGUGCUUUACUAAUUCAAUACAUUAUUCAGCACCAAACUGAUUAAAUGGACAUGCAUCACUUUGAGACAAACAUCUCAUUUAUAAGCUUUAGCUCACUCUGUAGGCUGGUAACAGUUAACUGAUUUUUUUUUUUUCAUAUUUACCUGCUUCCGUCUUAUGCUUUCCACACAAAUUCCACACAAAUUCCAGGGGAGUGGAGGUGACACUGCUCUAACCAAUCAGUGUCCUAUCCCUAGGAAUGCUGGAAAAGUGCACUGAACAUGCCAGAUUUACAUAUGUGCAGUUAAAAUAUCUCUACACCUUGGAACAUUUUAUGGGGAAGAUGAAAGGAAGUCUAAUCAAUAUGAUUCAUGCACAGCAGGCAGGGCCGGAUUAAGGGCACAGUGGGCCUGGUGCUGACAAUUAUGAUGGGCCUAAUUACGGAAUCUUAUCGACCAAAAACACUAAAACAAUCAUACCUCCCAAGCGUCAUGUAUCUGAUGGAGAUGGUGCUGGAGGGAAACUCAUAGGAUGCAGCUAUAAGAAAACACAUACUCUAUGCUAAUCUCUCUCUAAUUUAUGCUUUCAUCUUUUAAGUAAAUCCAUACCCCCUAACAGCAGUGUCCAGUGAAGCUGGAAGUCAAUGGGCAGGGUAAAAAGGUGUGCCACUGGUGCAAAUCACGUGACCAGACCAGCCAAAAGGGGAGAACAUGCCCAAAAAGGGGGCAUGUUUGUCCAAAGAAUUGGAAGGUCAACCUGGCAUCAUGGCAUGGAUGCAUGUCAGGCUGCCUGCCAAUCCUGCAGGCUGUCCAACUAAGGGCAUACUAUGAUGCGCACACUCCAUGCUUUCUAAGGACUGUCCCCUAGCACUCGCUGGUCCACUUGUCUCCUUACCUUCUUACUAGCAGGCAGAAGUUCCUGGUGUAUAGUCUGAGACAGAGAAAAGGUGUAUGUAGUGAGUGUAGAAGAAAGGGGACAUGCCACAGUGUUAGAGAGACAAACGUCUGCAUUACCUUAACUAAUUUUAUUGUCAGCCAGUCCACACAAGUUUUGUUCCCAUAUAUCCCUCUUAAGCUUCCAAACUUAAAGGGACACUAUAGUCACCAGAACAACUACAGCUUUUUGUAUUUGUUCUGGUAAGUAGAAUCAUUCCAUUCAUGCUUUUUGCAGUAAACACUGUCUUUUCAGAGAAAAUAACUCCAGAUGGCUGCUAGAGGUGCUUCCUGGGGCAGUACUGCCUAGUGUGCAGCACUGCCAUCCAGUGUCUCCACCCUCUGCAUGCAGACACUGAACUUUCCUCAUAGAGAUGCAUUGAUUCAAUUUAUCUUUAUGAGGAGAUGCUGAUUGGCCAGGGCUAUGUUGGCCUUGUGCUGGCUCUGCCCCUGAUCUGCCUAGUUGACAGUCUCAGCCAAUCCUAUGGGGAAGUAUUGUAAUUUGCUCAGACCACCACUUCUGAUGAUGUCAGCAGACAGUCAGUUCAGAGGCAGAGCCAGCAGCUGCAGACUUGAAUACAAGUAAUAUUUUACUAUAUUUAGGGAGGCAAGAAGGGGCCAGGGUGGUGUUUUUAACAUAAUAGGGUCAGAAAUGCAUGAUUGUGUUACUGACCCUAUAGUGCUCCUUUAAGCAAGAGUAUGUGAAGAGUAGUUAAGGUUGCCACCUUUCUUGGAAAAAAAUACCAGCUUUAAUCAUUUUUAUAAUUAAUUAGUUAUGCGUGACAUCACAUGAUGUAAAUCACAACGAGUGACAUCAGAGAAAAUUCUGUAAAAUCACCAACAAACUACUCACAGUUUGAUUCUGCUGUAUAGAUGGAUUGCUCCCAGUGUCUCCCUGUCUCCCAGUGUCUCAGUCUUGCAAGUCACCAAGUGUCCCAAUGUCCCUAUGUCUCACAGUGUCCCCAUGUGUCUCAGCAUCCCCAUGUGUCCUGGUGUCUCAGUGUCCCCAUGUUUUCCAGUGUCCCCGAGUGUCUCCCAGUGUCUGUGUCCCAAGUGUCCUAGUGUCUCAGUGUCCCCAUGUGUCCCUGCUGCCCCCAUCCCUCACUUACCUGAGCUGUAGAACUGCUGUAUGGACUCUCUGUGCUGUGUAGCUGCUCCCCCACGGAUCAGUAAGUAGUAGAGAGAGGCAGGGAGGGAUAUGCUGUAACUUCCUAUCUCUGCCUCUCUCCACACACAGUGACCCCUACUGGCCGGUGCUGGUAUUGCAGGGUAAUCUCCAUUUAUUCUGAGAAAAUUACCUGCAUUUGUAUUGCCGGUAUUACUGCAAUACCGUCACGGCCAGGCAGCCUCACAUACCGGCUGUGCCAGUAAAAUAGCAGUCAGGUGGCAAACCUAAGAGUAGUGUGUUAAAAAAAAAUUUUUUUUUUUUUUUUUUUUUUUUUAAAUGGGCCUAUUCCAUGGGCCUGGGCCUGGAGCUGCAGCUCCAUCAGCCCCUAUGUUAAUCCGGCCCUGACAGCAGGAUAUGGUGUCAGGUUUUUCUCUCCUACUGCUGCACAAUGAUGCCCUGUUUCUUUAAUUAGUGGACUGGUUUGAAACUGAGAUAGGUGGGUAAGAAAGGGUGGUGUGAAGAAAAUCCCCUAGCUAAGAGUCGUGUCCAAAAAUGCAGUCUGACAAAGUUUAAAGUAUGUUUAUAAACUUUCAUUAGAACUUUUUAAAGAUUUUCUUGCUUUGUAUUGUUUUCUAUAUGUUUAAAAGUAUUUGCUUGCUAGUCUAAAAAAAUAAUUAUCAAGUGAUGCAUGUCUCUUUAACAGUAACUUUCGAACAUUACACUAAAACAGUUCCUGUUGUGAAAUGAAUUUGAUUUAUAACAUUACUAGGGCUUAAUAAAAGAACAUUGUAUUUUUUUUACUGCACACUGUGGCUUCUAAAUUAUCAAAACCAGCUUUUAAAAUCUGUUUUCAACCCUGAAAUAUUAAUUAGUUGUUUUAUUGUUGUGAUACUUUUUAUAACCAUGUUGUAUCCCAUGUCUUUUUAUCUGAACCACUGCCCUUCUAAUGCCCUGUGUGCCUCCAGGUAUAACUGCUGAAGAAUUUCUAGCGCAAUCACUUGACGAUGUCAGUAAAUUUGAACAGAUGAGGAGUCUGCUCUCGGAAGUUGUUCAAGUUGAACUGAGCAGUCUUUAUGUGUUUAGCGUGUUGAACACUGCUGGACUUACAGGCAGUACAGAUAUCAGGUUUGCCGUUUCAGGGCCCCCCUACUAUCCAGCGGAAAAACUCAAUGGCAUGGUGGCUUCGUCAAAACAGAAGGUCUGAUGUAAAUUUAUUUUACUCUAUUUUAAGCCCUGUGUUGGGGACAUGUCACAAUUCAGUAAAUAUUUGACAUGACCUUUUCAUCAGAAAUAUCUGUGUUAUCCUAAUUACUAAUGUAUGUAGACAUUGUAUAAUUUGAAAUAUUUAUUUUCUUAAAUUUUGUUGUUGAACACACAUCAUUUGUGACAUCAAAGGGGAGUGAGUAGAUAAUGUUAUAUUUUUUUCUUUAUAGAUAGAAUCAGCAAUGGGUGUUCAGAUAGCGAAUAUUGGAGACUAUGAGUGUGAGAAUGCGAAGUGCAGUCACAAGACUGGCUGUGUGGUCUCCACAACCUACAAGCAUGUUCCUACGAUGGUUACAGUACCAGGCAUGUCCUUUGGUUCAGUCACUGUGCUCACUCGAACCACUUGCUCCUGUCCUUCUCGAGAGUAUCGGCACCUACCCUGCUCUUCCUACCUAACUAACCCCUGUCUUAAUGGAGGAACCUGCACAGACACUGAGCUCGGAUUCAGGUGCGUACUUUACCUGAUAUAGUCCUUGCAUAUUUGGGUGUGAUUGGGGUCACGUGAUAUAGCUGCCAGCAUCAGUACAGAAUGAGUACAUAGCGAUCGAGGGAACAGUGCACACAGUGUACAGAGUGAUCCCAGCAACUACUUGCCAUCUGCAGCACAUUUGUAUGAGUACAGCAGGCUUCCCUGUCAGCAAUGCAAAGGUAGGAGCCUGCUCUGGCAAGACCCCUGCCGCCUGUCACCCAGAGUGGACUGCUUCCCCUGGUUAGCGUGUCACUGUGCAGUAUGUGGCGGUAUUGCUGCCUAUCUGUGAAUUGCUAGGAGCUGUUCCCUGUUAUUUUCCCCUGUAUUAUGUUGUAUUUGUGUGUUUUACCUGCUUGGGAAGGCUCAAUGCGAACAGGUUUCGUUCACCUCCCGAACGGGGACCACCAAGAACCCUCAUUUAGAAUGUUGUCUUAGAACGUUCACACCUUGUAGCGAGGUGUGAAAACCACAAACCGCGAGGGAAUGCUGACCCUGGGUUGUGCCCCGUUCAUUAGACGGAUGCCAUCUAGGGGGAGCAUUCGUGGAUUGCUUCCCACCUCAUUCAGUUCCCGAACGGGGACCACCCAGUGCCCUUGGAGUGUUCACACCAAUCAAUUAGAACGUUGGCAACUUCCAAACCGCAAGGGAAGUAAUUAAUUAGUGCUUCCCUGUGUGGCUACCAUUCGUAUAGACGGAUGGUGGCCAGGGCGAGCAUUCACGUCCCGAACGGAGUUGCUUCCCUUGCCUGGUUUCACCUAGGGAUUACACGAACGGAUCCUUGAGAUUGGUGGAUGCACUCUCUUGGGGACAAUGGCGGUUUGGCUGGCUUUCUGUGACUGGGACUCCCAGGUACAGAGGCUCAUGGGAUAAAGACCCCUUGGCCACUGGAGGUGGGAACCCUGAGAACAAAGGACAAAGGGACUCCUGGGAAUGUGAGGGCCCUGGGAGGGGACACUGAGUGGCGGGAACAGAGGACAAAGGGACUGGGGUUCCGGUUCCGUUAUACGACCCCCGGGCGGGGAAGGGUCCUGGGAGGGGACAUUGUCUUCAUGUGUGUUCCACCCCUUGCAUAGGGUAAGUAUAAAGCCGUCUAUGGCCAAUAAAGUUGUUGUUGUACCCCCAGGACUGUGUGUCAUCUGGUUACUGAGUGGGAAAUGGGUCUCUCGGUACUAUAACUGAUUCCCUUCCAGGGACAAGACGUGGCUGAAUCAGGACAACCAGUCGGAUUGCUAGCAGGUCCGCGACAUACUACAAGAUCAGCAUUGGCAGUUAACAAUCAUACAACCCCUAAACUGUGAAGUAGUGUGUUUAGUAGACUUGUGCACGUCAAAGAAAUUCAGCUAGUCUGAAUCUAUUCGUCUGACAAAAAAUUGGUUCAAAAAAAUAUAAAUGUACAGGCACUCUCAUAUCCGUUUCGGUGCAAGUAAUCAAGGUGGCCCAUUAACCUCCAAAUAAUAUAAAAAACAAUAAUUGAUACUGCACUCAAAAUAAAACAAAAAGAUGAUAUUUAAUCAAAGAUAGUGAAUCAAUUUCAUAUAUAUCAAAUAUGUACAAAAAAUGUGAAAAAAGGAUACUGUAAAUGACAAGUAUCCUAUGGCAACCAGUGUAAUAUCAUGUAAAAUACACGGUAUCCUUACAAGAGUUAAAUUCAUAUGAGUAUAAUAAAAGUUAAAUUCAUAUGAGUAUAAUACACUUUGAAGUAGUAUGAGAAAUUCUCAAUCUGGAUUAUUGACCAGUGUGGACAAAAAAAGUAUAUACAGUAUAUACAAUAUAUACAAUAAUGGAAAAAAGUAAUAGAAAAAAUAGAAAAAAUGAAUAAAUUCCUUAAAAAAUCAAAAAUGGAAAAAAGAGAAAAAAAGGAAAAAAAGGGGGGGAAAAAAAGAGAAAAAAAUAAAAAAAUAAAAAAAUGAAAAAAGUUGUAUAUACAGUCACCAGUGUGUACACACUAUUGUAUAUGGGUGGAUCUCACCAAUAUGCUCUGCUGAGAAAGGAAAAGUCCAGUUCUAGAUGAAGUUAUCUGAGUUGCAAAUUGUAGACUGUUCCUCCUAUUCCUCUCCUGUUGGUUGAAGGUGAUGGAUAUAGCAGGUACUUGGCAGAUCCUUGGAUAGUCCGGGUCAAAUAUGUCCAGAGUGUGGACUUCUUGUAGACUCUUGUACAGGAUAAACGGGCUGCGCGCUCGGGACCCUUCAGCCCCUUCAAAGGCCCUGUGUAGAAAAAAGGAAGUAAUGAGUCCAUAUUUAUAUCCAUUUUCGGCGCGCCCGCUUGUUCGCGCGGGUCGCGUCCGAAUGACGUAAUGACGCACAUGACGUCAUGACGUGCUCCUCUCCGUGUGCGCAUGCGUGUAAUAGUUUCACUCACGCAUGCGUACUCCUGCUGACUGCGUUAUGCCGGAGAAAAAUUGCUUGACAAAGUACAUAAUACCAAGAUAAUGGCAUUAAGUACUAUAAAUUUACAAAAUGCUAAUAUACAUAAAUACAAGGUAUGGAGAGAUAAAGUAAGAGGACCUAGAGGACAUAAAUACACACUCUUAGUAUAUUUUUAAAAACAAAAAUACAUGACAAAACCUACAAGCUAUUUGUAGGAUAUACAGAAGGGUAUUACUUCAAAUAUGAGAGGAAAGUUGAUUCAUAAGUGGGGGCACAGUCAUGAAAUUGAAUCAACCCUGUACUUAUGUUCUUAAUGAUAAUCCUAAAGUACUUUUGUAUGUAAUAUUGCAACAGAUAAUCAGAAGGUCAAUAGUUCCUUCAACCAAAAAUGAAAAAGUGAAAAAAUGAAUAAAUGAAAAAAUGAAAAAUGAAAAUAUGAAAAUUUAGCAAAAGGGCAUACUCACCAGCAGUGUAGUGUGUGAAAGAUGCCCAUGGGUUCUCUUAUGUUGGACCCCGCAUUCUGUCGGGUUGCGGACCACACUUGGUCAACUAUUAUAGAGCUCUUUAAGGGAUAAUAGAGACCGACGUGCCACAUAUAGACCAAAGUGUAUACUGUAAAAAUAGAAUGAGAGUACAAUAUUAAGUCUGGGAGACAAAGAACAUGGACUCCCUAGCUGGAGGUAUGCAGGUAUACACCCUUCAUAAAUAGCUUCACAGAAAAUGUUUGAGGUCAUAGUCCUCAUUCAGCCCGUCCGAGUGUGUAUUUAUGUCCUCUAGGUCCUCUUACUUUAUCUCUCCAUACCUUGUAUUUAUGUAUAUUAGCAUUUUGUAAAUUUAUAGUACUUAAUGCCAUUAAGUCAGCAGGAGUACGCAUGCGUGAGUGAAACUAUUACACGCAUGCGCACACGGAGAGGAGCACGUCAUGACGUCAUGUGCGUCAUUACGUCAUUCGGACGCGACCCGCGCGAACAAGCGGGCGCGCCGAAAAUGGAUAUAAAUAUGGACUCAUUACUUCCUUUUUUCUACACAGGGCCUUUGAAGGGGCUGAAGGGUCCCGAGCGCGCAGCCCGUUUAUCCUGUACAAGAGUCUACAAGAAGUCCACACUCUGGACAUAUUUGACCCGGACUAUCCAAGGAUCUGCCAAGUACCUGCUAUAUCCAUCACCUUCAACCAACAGGAGAGGAAUAGGAGGAACAGUCUACAAUUUGCAACUCAGAUAACUUCAUCUAGAACUGGACUUUUCCUUUCUCAGCAGAGCAUAUUGGUGAGAUCCACCCAUAUACAAUAGUGUGUACACACUGGUGACUGUAUAUACAACUUUUUUCAUUUUUUUAUUUUUUUAUUUUUUUCUCUUUUUUUCCCCCCCUUUUUUUCCUUUUUUUCUCUUUUUUCCAUUUUUGAUUUUUUAAGGAAUUUAUUCAUUUUUUCUAUUUUUUCUAUUACUUUUUUCCAUUAUUGUAUAUAUUGUAUAUACUGUAUAUACUUUUUUUGUCCACACUGGUCAAUAAUCCAGAUUGAGAAUUUCUCAUACUACUUCAAAGUGUAUUAUACUCAUAUGAAUUUAACUUUUAUUAUACUCAUAUGAAUUUAACUCUUGUAAGGAUACCGUGUAUUUUACAUGAUAUUACACUGGUUGCCAUAGGAUACUUGUCAUUUACAGUAUCCUUUUUUCACAUUUUUUGUACAUAUUUGAUAUAUAUAUGAAAUUGAUUCACUAUCUUUGAUUAAAUAUCAUCUUUUUGCUUUAUUUUGAGUGCAGUAUCAAUUAUUGUUUUUUAAAAAAUUGGUUCAGAAGAACUGAGUUUCAUCCAUGUGGCACUUUCAUUCGGACGAAUAUCGUCCAUGUUAUCAUUUCAGGAAGAACUAUUUGGACAAACCAAAAUGGAGUGAAAAUGCUUCUAUUAGUGUAGUGUAAUGCGAAAAUAGCUAAAAUAUUGCCUUGACUAAUAGUUAGGCAAUAUCUUGCAUUUUGCAUUCUGCCAACUAUAUAAUCUGUCUCUUAUAGGAAAUUUUUAAAAAAAAUCACAAAUCAGUAAAAUAAAUGAAAAUCAGAUAAUCAAAUUUAGCACUGGCCAUGGUUGACAGUAAAACCAACAUGUCGGCAGAUCAUCAUGUCCAUGCGUGUUACACUAUAGCGUAGCACCCAUAGAUCUUCCAAGAAUGGUGCCGGUGAAUUAAGACAGAAGACGGUAGACGGUAAAUAAUUCUAUACCUCCCCAUGCAAAUAAAUGUAGUUUGGAAACUCAAAAUACAAAAUUGUCAUAGCAUGAGAAUAGUAAUAAAAACAACUUCUCUUUAACAUCGCUUAAUAAAUGUCUGGUACGGGUUACCGUAGGGUCCAUUCCUAUGAAGCAAGCUAUUACUAGUGGCUUUCAUGGGUCAAUAGCAGUGGAGACAAUCCAAACAAUUUGGACAUUCUACAGGAGCCUUUAAGCUGUGCCCAAAGUAAAAAAGAAUAAAAUUCAGGGACUCUGAGGCGGCUAAAGCUUAGGGCAAGUGUUCUAUGUCAGUUCUCUCCUGCGCAGAUUGUUGCGGCCACCGGAGGCUGUGAUAGUCCCACAAGAUGAGUGCGGCAGCAACCUGCUUAAGUGCGGGGUUAUCUCUUCGACGUAACCGGCAAUAGCUUUUUUUGUCCCUUGAUUGCACUAUGGUUGUUGUUGCAUCCGGUCGCCUUCCUCUCUGGUCUCUCCUUUUUCUGCCUCGUGCAGGUUCAGCUGUCGGAGGAAUUUCUCCUGGUCGUCUGUGGAGGUCAGGGUGAGUGUCCGGUCUCCCCAUGGUACUGCCAGGGAUCCAUCUGCACGGAUUAUUUAUUCCUUUGCUGAAUUUAAAUGAAAUAAACUGAGAUGUAGCAAUCCACAUCUCUUUAUCCUACCACUAGUUGCCUCUAUCUUAACUCCCUGUCUCUCAUUACUCUAAGCUCUCUCCUUUACACCUGUCAGUCAGCCUAGACAAAUCAUACAAAGAAUAGUACAAAUUAGACAUUGGAGGAAAUUUACUAAAGUGAUCUAUAUACUAAAUUGUUGUGAAAAUUGUCUUAAAAGUGUUGGCGUUUCUCCGCUCGAAUUCUUCCAUUUUUGUCUAAAAAGUACAUUUCAGAUGGGACCGUCAAUCUAGAUUAUUGGAAAAAAGAGUGAAGUUAAAAUAUUACGCUUUUCUGUAGAAUUAGUAAUAAAUCCUUUAUAUGGCUAAACCAUUGGAGCAUAUGUAAAAUAGACAGUCAGGAGAUAAAUAAAAAAAUAGAUUUAAUAAUUUAUGUCAAAAAUGUGUACCCAGGCUAUGCCUAGACAGAACUGGAUUAAUAGGUACUAUGCUAAAUGUUUAAUAAUAAUUUUGAAAGAAAAUUCAGUGUCACACACAAAAAAAGAUAAUGCUAGUUAUAGGUGAUGAUUUUCAAUGUCUUAUUCAAUAGUGUAGUUUCCAGAAAAGUUACCUUUUCCAUUUAGGAGAAAUACAAUUCUGAGUUUAUGAAGCAGGUAACUCACAUGGCAGCAGGACAUAUGGUAUAGAACACAAUAAAUAAAUAUCUGCUUACGGGGCAGUAAUAAGAAGGCAAGGGGACCUGAGCAAUAACCCUCGGGGCGGCUGUUGGCUCCCGUCCUGCGGCGACGCCGACUGAUGGACGGGCAGGAAUGCAGCCUGCCGUGAGGCCCUGGCUGGGGAAGCGGCUGAUCCCCCGCGCUUGGUCAGGCGGGACCUCUCGCUCGCCUGCAGAGGGCCCCGUUCUCCCCCCCCGUGGGCCGAGGGGGUUAUCCCGGACCCCACCGGGGAAGUAGAGAUCACCCAUGACAACUGAACAGGGAAAAAAUCUAACCUGAGACCGCAUGGCACAAACCAAGAUGGCCUCCGCGCCUACUACAAGCCACAACAUCGGAGCAAUGGCUGGGCACCGUCUGGAAACCGACGAUGAUAAGUACACAGCGUACUGAAGGCGGCCAGCAGGCAACGGAUAACCCUAAAAGGUACAUACUCACCACGCAGGCUUAGCGCACUACCAAGAGCAGAAUCACAGCAUCCAAAACAACACCUCCCAUUGUCACCGGCAGGUCUGUGGGGACUAUAUUCGGACUCUGACCCUGCCUAAACAUAGUGGAGCGAUGGACAUGGGGCACAAGCGCUACUCCCAACCCAAGGCUGGUACCAGCGGACACACUCCUGGCCGGCAGGUACCCAAGCAUUUCACAGCGUGAAACACAAGGAAGCCAGCCGACCAAGCACAGCUGCAGGAAUGACCAAGCGACUGCCAACCACAUACACCUAAAGUUACAACAGAUCACUGUGUAAUCUUUAUUUUAGCGCACCAUUCGUAAUAUCACAUUGAAUUUACUACAGUCAAUUUUACUUAUGCAGCCCCCACAGAAAGCACUUAAAAUGACUAAGCUUACAUAUGUACCCAACUCAACAAGCACGGCUUUCCGCUGUUCCCUGGUGGUUAAAUCUAAUCAGUAUAUAGAAAGCUGUAACUGAUGUUAUCUUGCAUAGCCUGUAAUCCAACAUACUUAAACCAUACUAAUUUCUAGCUCCAUGUUAAUACUGCAUGUUCGCUAAUCCCUUUUAGUUUGUUUAGCCUGUGUUUAACGGUUUACAGCGAAAACCUACUCAGCUAAGCUAGAAACAGAUAAUACUUAAAUUCCAAUUGUUAUGUUUAAACGUCAUUUCAUCUAAUAACAAAAAUGUGCAUGGAACGACUUAUGUUUAAACGUCAUGUCAUCUAAUAACAAAAAUGUGCAUGGAGACAUGCCAUUAUUGAAGGGACUCACAGCGUGUAUUAAGUAAACAGUAAACAGAAUAUGGUACCUGAAUGUAAUCUUAUCUAGGAGCCUUUAUUAUCAGGAAAUGUGCAUUGUCUAGCAAAUACUAUACCUGUUAUCCACCUAUGGUCUAAACUUGUUAAUAUAAUAUAAAAUGAGGUUGAUAAUCCUAGGAGAUUUCUGUAAUCUGUUAUAGUGACCCUAAUCUGUACAACUCUUGCAAGUCUCCCUCUCUUUUUUCUGUACCACCAUAAUCACAUGCCUCAAUAAAAUAAAGAAUAAAAAAAAAAAGAAUUAAAAAAAAAAUGAAAAAAUAUCUGCUUACAAACUAAAAAAAGAUCACUUAUCCAUAUUUUUUACCAAGUGACAGCAAAACAUUUUUGUUAUAAUUUUUGGUAGCUGUGUUAUAUUGUUAAACAUUUACAUCAGGGGUGCCCAAAAGGUAGAUCACCAAAUGUUUUAAAACUACUAAAGCAUCAUGGGAGCUAUUGUUCUACAACAUCUGGACUUCUACUUUUGGGCACCCUUGAUUUAGAUGAUUCAAUUAUGGGAGACCCGUAUAUUGACUUCAAUAUCACUAUACAGUGUUCAUUAUUAUUUUUUUCUUUCUAGAUGUGAAUGUCUCUCAGGUUUCAAUGGCCCGGAAUGCCAGCAAACUGCGCACUCGUUCACAGGUCAGGGCUAUGCAUGGUUCCCUCCCAUGAGCCUUUGCUUCGAGAGCAAAAUAUCUUUGGAUUUCCUUACUGAGUCAUCCGAUGGCCUCUUGCUCUUUAAUGGUCCCAUGGCAACCAGCACACGCGUGAAGACAGAGGACUUUAUUGCAGUAGGUGAGGAGGUCAUGCAAUGACCUUGUAGAGAAAAUUGUAUAGCAAAUUCUAUAAAUAUCCAUUAGAAAUGAAAACCAUUUUUUUCUAAUAUAUGGAAGGAUAUGCAUUACUUGUUUGAAUGCAAAAAAAUGUAUCGUUUUAGAGAUUAAAUUCAUGUAUUUUAGUUCAAAUGAGAUUUGAUAUUUAAACAAAGUGGAAAAAAACUAUGCAGAUUUUACAUUGCAGUUAUAAAGUAAGUUAGAAAUCAAUGCAGUAUCGAUGCACUAAGUGGCCAGGCCAAGCAAUCAUGAACUGCUCUGAUUUUAAGAGUUCUAACAAUUUAGAAUAUUAGCAGAAGGCAACUAAUAUCUUAUGUGACUGCAAGGGUUUUCUCCAAAGCAAUACAACACCCAAUGCCAGUGCUGUUUGUUUUACUGUUAGUGUAUCAAAUUUAUUUUUCUAUAUUUCAUAACUGAAGUGCAGGCCUGCAGGGCCAUGAUCUGUCCAGUCACCCCAUCUACUCCCACCUUGUCUUUACAUCUUUGCUCUUGGUCCAUUUUACCUGUUCCUUUUAGCAUUGCUCUUCUCUGUUCCCUUCAUUUUAGGUCUGAUUUCUAAACCUUUAUCUUUUCCAUCCUCUUUCAGUUUCUUUCACCAAUGUUGGUCAUUUUAUAUCCCUCUAUCAUCCUUAUCAGUCUAUCAGUUCUUCUCACACUUUAAGCCAUCCUCCUAUUUUUGUUCACCUCACCACACAAAUUCUUCUAAAGUCCUCUUCACAGUCCCACCCAGCCACUCAUAGUCCCAUGCCUCUGUCCUGUGUGUCAAAACUCACACUCACAAAGCAUUAACAUACAAAUGCCUUAUAAAAGAACGAUAUGACAAUAACACAUUGUUUCACAAUCAUUACCAACGAUGAGAGGAACUGGAAGAGUGUAACUGGUAGUUUAGCUUUUUUAUAAUCCCUGUGUAUUCCCUGUAAUUUUUACAUUUUAUACUUAUUUAUUUGUUUACUAGAGCUUCAGAGUGGAUCACCAAUAUUGGUUAUUAAUCAUGGCUCGGGUACGCUCUUUCUUCAGUUUUCUACAAAACUAAACAUGGCAGAUGGACGCUGGCACACAAUCGAGAUUAUGAGCAGUGGAAAGGUAUAUGAACUCACAGUUCCCAUGCGCUACCUACAUAUCACCAUUAUACUUUCUACCACUCUUGGGAGCAAAGCAAUUUGUUAGAGUAAAGGCAAUGGAAAGAUUUUGGUCGAUUUGCAUUAUAUUUUAGAAAUUGUGUCAAAUCCUUUACAGUCUGGCCAGGAUUAUGGUAUAGCAGUCUCAGGCAGAAAUAUUAAUAAGAUCAAAGUAUUUAACCAGGAAAGGUACAUUAAGAUCUCGUCAGUAUUAAGUACAUUCUGAGGACUAGCAGCUUUUACCCAACACAAUGCUACUUAUUUUGUUGGUGAAAACCAGAAAUCAGAUGUGUCCUUGCCUAUGAGCUAUUUAUGUUCAUAUUGUAAAAUAUAUAUACUGUAUGUGUUUAUAAAUACCGUAUAAAUUAUCUUAUAAAUACCGUAUAAAUUACUUUAUAAAGGUUACAAAAUUAGUCAUCCAACCAAGGUCAGGUGGAGUUGGAUUCUGGUAAAAAAAAAAAAGUCAAAAAAUAUGAAUAGACAGUUAAUGUAUGUUCCAAUGUUGUAUUUAAAAUAUAUUUAACUGAACCACUUGUCCUAACAUGCACCCAUUCUUUUAGUGAUUGAUAAAAAAGUUCAAUUUUUCAUCUUAGAAAGUCAAGAUGACUCUCGACCAUUGCUCCCAUAACUUUGUAAAUGAAGCUGUUGGGCCUCAGAAAACACACAACAAUCGAUCAUCAUGUGAGAUUUCAGGGGAGACACCUGGGAGCAAGAGGCAAGUAAAACUAUUAUAUGUAGGAUAAUUUGGGGACUUAUUUAUCAAAGUUUUUGUUAAUUGGUGGUUAAAUUCCACCAUUAGUUUGAUUAAAGUGAUCUGAAAAAAAUCUCAGUUUUCUUCAUAGUAAAUUCUGCCAGUUUUCAUGGAAAUUUAAAUUUCAGAAGACCUCCAAAUUUAGAGUGGUAGAAAAAUUCUGCUAGUUUUCUGAUGAAAAAAGUGGUGGAAAUAUUCAUAAAUCCACUGCAUCUGCAAAAACAGAUAUUAUUUCCUUCAUUAUAGUGGCAGUACAGUAGGAAUGAUUACGAUUAUAGUGCUUAGGUAGCCUCCUGAAAUAAACAAAAAUUUCAGUUUUUCUUUACUUGAAGCAGCAGUAGGGAUAAAGCAAGAUACCUCGAAACCAUGGGUGGGUCAGUAACUACUCAAGCAGCUUGUAACACCUUAAAUCCAAAAGAAGCUUCUGCUGAGGAUACAUUGUCUAGCCUGUAAUGCCUUGUAAAGGUAUUUAAAGAGGACCAAUGCAGAUUUCUUGUGGAAAAAUGUUCUUUCUGCCCAAGAACUACUCUUUUACCUUAAUCGACAGAUCCUUUUCCUAUUACCCUGUUUGCAAGCUGAAUAGUCUCAUUUACCUAAAGUGCUGUCGUAGUUGAUGAUGCUUCAUUCCAUUUAAUCUUUCCCCUGAAGUUGAUUAACAGAAGAUCAGAUCUUCUCCAAUCUGCUGUCUUCUUCAAGUAGAUUUUUAAUGUUCUUUAUAAAUCCUAGCAGUGAAGGUGUUCUUCUUUAAGAGCUGAUGGAUUUUCAAAUAACGUAGGUUAAAAUUCCGGAAUACUGGUGAUGUGGAUAAUGCUUGUAUCACUCCAUCCAUUUUUUCUGAAGUGAUAGCAAUCAGGGAAAUAAAUACCGGUGCUGGCCAUAAGUAGCUGUUGGCUCCCAAUGGGGGGCAGAUAGCAACAUUUCCCACCAGACCAGUAGGGAUCAUGAUACCCACUCCGUGGCCAAAGGUAAGCAUCAGAGAAGGGGGAAAACACUUUAGUUUCUGUUUAGUAGAAAUGCUUUAUUAAAGAAGUCCCUAAGCCCCUAUCCCUCCACAAAUGUAACCGCAGAAGCAGCCACCACACCCACAUAUACAUACACGCUCGCAUUAACACAUCCAAUUGUUUCAUAUAUGUAUGUGCGUGUGUAUACAUAUAUGGAGGGAGGUGCAUUGAGGAAAGUGGCGUUGUGGCAAGGAGGGUAAAUCUGGCCCUGUAUACUGCACUGUUUCAAGAGGAGCAAAUGGCUUUUAAUUUAAUUUUAUGAUAAAUUGACUUUACUGAUUUCAGUGGUGCUAAGAUACUUCCUGCUCUAUGGUUAGUAACCCACAGGCUUUUUUGGGAUAACAACAGAUCACAUGGUCCUUAACCAGCUAAUAAAUUUAAUAUUUAAAAUAAUAUCACGGAACCAAAAAUUGUUAAAUGAUAGGUCCUAUGUACUAGCUUUGUAAAAUAUUUCAUUCUGUAACCGAAACAAAAAAAAAAGAUAUUGCAAUAAAAUACAUUUUAAAGAUAAAUUAAUACCUGUAUUAUUUCUGUCUUCAUUGCAUUUGUUUCCAAAUAAUAUAAUCCCAUCAAAUAGAAGGUCUUGCAGGAUUUUACCUAUAUGAUACAAGAACCUACUACUGAAACACAUUUAGUUCUUUGUACAUUGUAUCAGGUUAUCAUUGUUUACUUUGAUCAUAUUUCCAGGUUCCUGAAUGUUUAUCAGCCCCUUCAGCUCGGUGGCGUGCGGAACACACGCCCAACACUUCACCCUUCUAUUCACUUCACAAGCUUUACUGGAUGCAUCCGGAACCUCUAUGUUGAUAGCAAGGUAAUGCAGAACAAAAAUAUAUCUUAGCUAUGGUCUAGUGCAGGGGUAGGCAACCUUUGGCCCUCCAGAUCUUUUGAACUACAUCUCCUAUAAUGCUUUUACAGUCAUAAAGCUGGCAAAGCAUCGAGGUAGAUUAAAAAAAGUCCAAGACAUCUGGUGUGCCAAAGGUUGCCUACCGCUGGUCUAGUGGCAGGCUAACUCUGAAAUGACAUGAUCCCCACAAAUUUAUCAUAUGAGUAGUGUUUAAAUGUGUCCUCAAAAAAUACAUACCCGUUGUAAUGAAUAUGUGUGCUAAGGCUGUUCUGUAUAUGAUAUACAUACUUGUUAGUUGUAAUAAAGUAGGGUUGAAAAGUAAUGGCUUACUCACAGCUUGCUAUUUAGAAACAUUUAUUUAUCGCAAUAACUAUAUUAAUAACAUUAAGAGCAGAUAAGGUGAAAUCACUUAUCAAUUUCACCGUACCAUUACACAUAAUUACAAAAAUUAAUUAUAUUAGUAACUCGUUUCUGCAGCUAUAGUUUGCCAAAUGAGAAUGGGCCUUGUAAGAAUUAAUUUUUGUGUUUAUGGAAUGGCUGCCACAGGGCAUUUAAAUAGAGGACAAAACCAGAUCUUGACAGUAGUUUGGUAAUGAUCACAAGAAGGCAUUCCCAACUACGCCACUAGGUGGCAGAAUAACCAUCAUAUCCAAAAAGAGUUACAGUACUUAUUAUUGUUAUUGGUAUUUAUAUAGCGUAUUUAUAUAGCGCCAACUAAUUCCACAUCGCUUUACAUCAAAAGGGGAAUUUGACAAAUGAGACAAUAAUGAAAUGUUACAGGAACAAUAGGUAGAUGAGGACCCAGAUCAAAUGAGUUUACAGUCUAAAGAAUAAAACCAGUUCACAAUUCACUGAUCAUCACAGCCAGGGCCGGUGCGUCCUAUAGGCGACUUAGGCAGUCGCCUAGGGCGCACCGGCCCAUAGGGUGUCAGGUUGGAGUGGGCUGGUAGGAGGGAGACUCUAAGAGACAAGGGGAGGGAGAGCACUAUGGGAAUGGGGGGGCCGGGCAGGGGAGAGCACUAAGGGUCCGGGGGAGCAUUAACGGUCAGGGGAGAGCAUUAAGGGAUAGGGGGCAGGAGAGAGCACUAAGGGACAGGGGGGCAGGGGAGAUCACUAAGGGACAGGAGGGGAGAUUGCUAAGGGACAGGGGAGAGCACUAAAGGACAGGAGGCAGGUGAUAUCACUAAGGGGCAGGGGAGAUCACUAAGGGACAGGUGGGGAGGGGAGAUCACUAAGGGAUAAGAGAGCACGAAGGGGCAAUAGUGGAGGGGAGAGCACUAAGGGGCAGGAGGGAAGGUGAAAACACUGAGGGACAGAAGGGAGGGGAAAACACUGAGGGACAGGCAGGGCCAUCUUUAAUAUUGAUUGGACCCUGGGCAAAGCAUUUGCUUGGGCCCCUGGAACCUGUCCCCCCUCACCAGGCGUGCAAUCACGUCCUCCACCCUAACGAAGUGGCAGACCUAAAGUAGAGAGGUGCAAGAAUUUUUUUGAGCCUCCCUAUCGCACGGGCGAUUAGAAGGUAGAUCCCCAUCUGUCGUGCAACUCCAGCAAUGCACUGACAGCUGGGGCUCUUCCAUUUACCCAUGUUUGAAGGUUUGUAUUUAGCACUAAGCUGUUGUGUGUUUGAAUGUUAGCAGGUUUUUGUAUGGAAUAUGUUUGUAUGUGGUGUUGGCGUACGUGCAAGCAUGUAUUUAUGUGUAGUGUUGGUUUUUGAAUGCAGGGUGUGUUUACAUAUAAUUUUGGUGUGUAACUCAGACGUGUGUUUUGGAGUUUGAAUGCCAGUGUGUAUUUGUAUGUGAUGUUAGUGUGUGAAUGCUGAGAUGUAUGCACAUAUACACACACACAUAUAUCGAUAUAUAUAUAUAUAUAUAUAUAUAUAUAUAUUUAUGGCACACACAGACAGACAUACUGGUACACAGACAUACUGACACACACACAGUCAGACCUACUGACAGACAGGGACCUACUGACAGACACACACAGACAUACUACACACACACAGACCUACUGACAGACACACAUACACACACAGACCUACUGACAGACACACAUACACACACCGACCUACUGACAGACACACAUACUGACACAGACACUGACAGACCUACUGACAGACACACAGACCUACUGACAGACACACACACACAGACAUACUGGCACACAGACAUACUCACAGUCAGACCUACACACACAGACCUACUGACAGACACACACACACAGUCAUACUCACACACACAGACACACAGACAUACUGGCCCACAGACAUACUGAAAUACACCUAUGCAAACUUUAAAGCCCCCCUCCAGUUUCCUACCUUCCCUGGGGUCCAGUGUGCUGGUUGGGGUGGUUGGGAGUUGGGGACUGGCUCUCUUUGCUCAGUCCCCCUCCUCGCUGCCUCCUGGCUCAGUCUUCCUCCUGCGCGGCUCAUCAUCUCAGAGGGAGGAAGUGACUCACCGACGUCACUUCCUCCCAUGCUGCCGUAAAUCAGAGGGCCCGGUCGUGCUGUUAAAGGGUCACAGCACCCGACCGGGCCCCUGCUGAAACGUGCUCACCGGGUGGCCCUAAAUGUAUUGGCCACCCGGUGAGCCUCCUUAGAGUAUGGGCCCCGGUGCAGCCGCAGUACCAGCACCGCGGGCCCAUGGGGGGGGGGGAUUUUUCUUAUGCAGGCUAUGGGCGGCGGGGCAAAUAGGGCAGCUGCUUUGGGCCCCCAAGGAGUAACUGGGCCCGGGGCAGCUGCCCCGUUUGCCCCGCGUUAAGGACGGCCCUGGGGACAGGAGGGGAGGGGAGAGUUCUAAGGGACAGGAGGGGAGACCUCUAAGGGACAGGGGGAGAAGUGGAGAUGAGACCACUAAAGGACGGGGUAAGUGGAAGAGAUCAUUAAGGGGUUAAAGAGAAGCACAGAAGGGCUGGUAGGGGAGACAGAGACACGCUUGUGAGGGAGACAGAUAGAGGGGCCUGGUGGGAAAAGAGACACACCAAGGAGCUGGGGAGAGUAAGACGCAAAGGGGCUUGGGGGAGUUAGACAUGCAAAGGGGUUAGGAGGAUAUAGGAGACGUACAAAGACGGGUGGGGGGGUAAGAGACACACAAGGGGCUUGUAAGAGAUACACUAAAGGAGGGUGUAAGUCACAAAACUUUAAGAAAAAAUAUACAAAAAAAUUAUAUUAACAAAAAAAAAAUUAUAAUAAAAAUAAACAGCUACUCCCUUCUCAGCCCCUAUCCUACCCCACAAACCCUCUCUUUCUCACUACACACAUACACAAUGCAUCUCUACACACACACAUGCACAGAAACAUACAAUGCAUCUCUACUCACACAAAGACACACCGAAACAUAUGAUGCAUCCUACACUCACACAGAAACACACCAUGUUUCCCUUACACACACAGAAACACACAAUGCAUCCCUUACACACACACAAUAUAGCCCUUGCACACAUACAUAGAAGCACACAAUGCAUCCCUUGCACACAUACACAGAAGCACACAAUGCAUCCCUUACACACUAACACUACUUCUCUUCAUGCUUCUCUUACACACACUAAAUGCACCCAUUACAGACACACACACAGCAUUACAUUACAUACACAGAAACACGCACACACACACACACACACACACACACACACACAAUGCAGCCCUUGCAUACAUACACAAAAGUAUUAAGAGAAGCUCACUGCUUCUGUUAAUGCAUCUCUUAGACACACUUAAUGCACCCAUUACAGAAACACACACUGCAUUACAUUACAUACACAGAAACACACCUUGCAUCCCUUACACAUACAAACACAGAUUCACACAAUGCAUUCCUUACACAAACUGGUAUCCCUAUGCACUCCAUUCCAUAAGAACACACACACAUUACAUCCUCUAUAAUAACACAUAACAUAUUCCCUACACGCAUACACUCUACUCCCUGUGAGCUAACUCAUAGGUGGGCCUUGUAGGCAUAAGGCUUAUGGGCGGGCCUCGUAUGCAUAAGGCUUAUGGGUGGGCCCAGGCCGUGAUCUGUGUAAGGGGCCCAAAAAAAUGGAGCUGCUUCCUGUUCAUUGAUUUUUGUGAGCACUGCCUCCAGAGAGCCUGUUUUAACACCAGACCAGUGAAGCCAGACUGCAGCCUAAGCCCAUCAUCAUCCUCUUGUCCUCAUCUGGUGGUAAGUAGGCAAUCCAGUAUAUUAUUAGGGGCACUAAUCUCUAAUUUACCUCACAUUAAAGGGACACUAUAAUCACCAGAACCACUACAGCUUAAUGUAGUGGUUCUGGUGUCUAUAGCCGGUCCCUGCAGGCUUUUUAAUGUAAACACAGAGAAAAGACACUGUGUGCAGCAGCACUGGCGUUGGCUCAUAUGGCAGAUCAUAUGGGUGGGUAUUGUGAUGUUACAUGGUGGGCAGAGCAUUUGGAGGGGGGGGGGGGGGGGGGGAGGAAAUUUUUUGUUUGCCUAAGGCGGCAAAAACCCUUGCACCGGCCCUGAUCACAGCACAGGUUUACAAACAUUUUCAAGGCACAUGGAAGGCUAAAUUAUAAUUGCAAGUAUCUGCAUAGAGGUGUAAAAGUAUAUAGCAUUAUUAUAAUGUUAAAAGUAUGUAAAAUGUAUGUAUAAAAGUAUCUGCAUUAGAUAGAUAUACGUGCAUGAGCAGCGUGCAUUUAUAUAAAGAUACAGGGAUUGUGUUUGCUAGAAAUGUAUCUCAUCUAUAAUCGAAAUACAAACAUAGCGGGAAAUAUAGUAACCAUCUGCAACUGUAAAAAUAAUAAAUGAAACUGUAUGUUAAACAAAAAAAAGAGCAGUUAUGAAAUUUACUAGCAAUUCACUAUUUGAUUAGUAACGUACUACUAACGCUAAAAGAAAGAAAUGUAAUUAUUUGUCAUUGUCUAUUUCUUUUAUUCCUCACAGGUUUAUGUUUGCUUUGUGAUUUUAUUACAAUCCAUUUCCAGGGUUUGAAAAAACUGUUUUAUUUGUAGACCUUACUAUCAUAUGUAGCAUAUCAGUAAAUGAUUUUAUUAUACCUGCUUCCUUACAUUUUAUUUGUUGGGAUUAAUGUAUAAUAACAUAUCUAUUAUUCUAUAUUAUAUAACAUUAUCAGGUGUAUGAUUUGCAGCAGCCAGCGGAGUCUUUAAACAGUGCUCCAGGCUGCCCAGUGACAGAUGAGCUGUGUAAGGUGGCAGGAUCGCCCCUGUGUGGAGGUCAUGGUUACUGCACAAAUGAUAUUACCUCUGUUAGAUGUGACUGCCAUCCAGGAUACAGCGGAUUAAACUGCAAAUCAGGUUCGUCAAGUAAAUUUAGACUGCAAUUAAGAGAACAAAUAAAUUAUAAAAAUAAACAUUCUCUGGGAUAUUUUAAUUAAACUGAGAUGCAUUUUCAUUAAAUAUAUCACUUCGAUGAACUGAAAGGCACUACGGUUUUAGUAACUUACUACUAUUAGAAUGGUUUACAGCCAUUACUGCUAAGUUAUAGUUUAUCUAUUCUAUGGUAAACAGUCUUUUUUUCAGGGAUAGUUUGUUAAGUUCUUCCCCCAUGUCAUAGAAUGUGCAAUAACUGCCAUAGAGGCAGUCAAUGAUAGCAAAUGUAAAACAGAAUAAAAUCUCAAAGAGGAACACGUGGAAACCUAUACCCUUAGUGGAGUGCCGUAAUAAAUAUUAGAUGGGUCGCUAACCCCUCACAAUCUUUAUGUAUACAGGAAUACACAGCAAGUACAUAAAAAUCAAAAGGAACAGAAUAUAGUGGUAGUGUAUCUAUAAAUCAGGUCACUCACAUGUAGCGGAGCCUAUACGUAUUGGCUCCGUAAAUAAUAAUUACCUUACAGGGUUAACUCCACCUCUAGUGUCUGUCUACCAGACAACCACUAGAGGCACUUCCAGGUGGUAAGGUGAUUUUUGGUCGCCUACCUGAUGCUGGACAUUCUCACGCAAUGCAUGAGGACAUCCAGUGUCAUCUAAAACCCCAUAGGAAAGCAUUGUGCAAAGCUUUACUAUGGGUUAGUCCUAAAGCGAGCGCAACUCCUGGAGCACAUCCGCCUUAGGCCACACUGCCGCUGAUGUUGGUGGAGGAGAAGCAGAGGUGGAGCCUGACCCAGCACUGAGGAACAUCAGCGCUGGAAUCAGGUAAAUGACAGAAGGGUUUUUAACCCUCCUAGCACCACAUUGGGGGGGAGUGCGCAAGGGAGGGGGGCUUUGUUUUCCUAGCACUAUAGUUUCCCUUUAACCCCUUAAGGACAGAGCUUCAAAAGCUUGUCUUUCACUUAAUGACAACAGCAUUUUUUUAAUUUUUUGCUGUUUGCGUUCAACUGCAAUUUGCAUUUUACAAAUUUAUUGCACCGACACAUAUUAUAUACCGUUUUUUAAAGGACAGAAAGGGCUUUAAUUUGAUGUAACAUAUAUAUAUAUAUAUAUAUAUAUAUAUAUAUAUAAAUGCUUAUUUAUUAUUAAAAAAAAAUACAGAAAAAUGCAAAAAAAAAAAUUUGUGUAAUAAUAAUGUGUGCACAAUGAGUGCAGGUUAAGGAAAGUAAUUAAAAAUAAAUUAAUUUAGUUGUUCUGAUUUACAGAAUAUAUAAUGUGUCUGGGAUUUUAAGUUUUUUUUGGUAGUUACAGGUCACAAAGCACAAGGAGUAAAUGAAACCUUUAAUGUGGAGCAAUUUUAGAAUUUGGUAUAUUUGUCUUGUAAGCUUAAUAGCCAUAAAAGAAAACAAAAUUGCCACACAAAAGUAUAUAUUUAUAUAAAGUAGAUAUCACAGGCUAUUUACUUAAGGUUGUUUUGACACUUUCUACGUAGCCAUUUCACCGCCAACCUCUGCUAAAUAUUGGAGUAAAAUUGUGUUUUUUGGGUUUUUUGGCACACAAACUUGUAAGAAAAAAAUUCUCAUGUAUAUUUUGUAAAGUUGGUGUGUGCUAUUCCUGUACAAAGUUUUAUUUUGUGUUCAGUUACAUCUGCUGAGUAAAAUGACACCCCCAUUGUAUGUCUUUGGCACUAUUUCGUGAAGUUACAGUGCCAUAUAGGAUACCUGUAUUCACAGUAGAAUUUUGAGAGACGGAUUUAAUGAGCCUAUGCUUCCAUUUGGGGUAUUAUAGUAGUUUGACUGUUCAAAAAAAACCCACAAAGGCCUACCAUUUGUAAAAGUAGACACUCCAGGGUAUCUCAUAAGGUGCAUAUUGUGCCUUAACAUGCCCCCAUUUUUUCACCAAUAUAUGCCAAAGUAUGUGAUAAAAAAUUAUUUUGUGCAUUUUUUACAUAUGGAUUGCAUUUUUGCUGGGCAUUUUGUAUAUUUCAUAUGUGCCACUAAGUUCAAACCCCCCCAAAUUAUGCUCAGCUAAGUCUUCUGAGUAAAAAGACACCCCCAAUGAAUGUCUUUGGCACUAUUUCGUGAAGCUACAGUGCCAUAUAGGAGGCCAAGCCAUAUCAUUUUUUACCGCACUUUGAAUUUUGACGCUGGGCCUGUGUGCAAUUUCCAAGCAUCUUCGCAGGUUUUAAAUUCAAACUACCACACAAAGGCCUACCAUUUCUUAAAGCAGACACCCCAGGGUAUUUCAAAAGGUAUAUUUUGAACCUUAGCGUGGGAUCAUUUUUCCGCUAGCUUGUACCAGGUGUAGUGGUAAUAAGCGUUUUUUCUGCCUUUUUGACACACAAAGUGAGUUUGCACAGUAUAUUUUGCAAACCUUAUGUGUGCUACCACUGUAUAAUACUUCAUAUGUUGCACAGCUAUGUCGGCUGAGUACAGCUAUACCCCCGUAUGUACCUUUGCCAGGUAUAUGUGGACAUCGGAGGGGCACAUUUGGGACACAGCCAUUCCAGUUUUUUUCAAACUUUACACUUUUACGCUGUGCCCAUGUCCCAUUUUAGAGUAUUUUACCAGGCUAUAUAAUCCAAAUACCCUAUAAAGCCAUACCAUUUCUUAAAGAAGACAUCCCAAGGUAUUUCAAAAGGCAUAUUUUGAACCUUAGCGUAGGAUAAUUUUUCCGCUAGCUUGUACCAAGUGUAGUGGUAAUAAGCGUUUUUUCUGCCUUUUUGACAUACAAAGUGAGUUUGCGCAGUAUAUUUUGCAAACCUUAUGUGUGCUACGACUGUAUAAUACUUCAUAUGUUGCUCAGCUAUGCCGGCUGAGUACCGCAAUACCCCCGUAUGUACCUUUGCCAGGUAUAUGUGGAUGUUGAAGGGACGCAGCCAUUCAGUUUUUUUUCUAACUUUGAAGUUUUACGCUGUGUCCAUGUUCCAAUUUGGAGUAGUUUAGAUGGUUGGUUAUUGAAACUUCCCCACAAACACAUACUAUUUAUUAAAAAAUACACCCUGGGGUAAUUCAAAAGGCAUAUUUUGAACCUUAGCGUGGGAUCAUUUUUUCUCUAGUUUGUUCCAGGUGUAGUGGUAAUGAGCAUUUUUAAAUGUAUUUUUUUACUUUUUUUAUUUUUAAAAACUAGUUUUUAAACUUUUGUUUUGCUUAUUAAUUUUUUAAAAACUUUCCUAAACUUUCUUAAAACUUUUUUACAGAUUUAACAUUUUUCUAAGCUUUUUUUUUUUUUUACCGUUAACCCCUAACUAGCAGUAAGCAGCACUAACAGUAAAUUCCCCAUUUUCCCAAAACUCCCACCCACCCCAGCAAGCAAAAUAUAUAGUUAUAAAAUAUUUUCAUUAAUUAAUUAAAUAAAUUGAACCCCUGAGGGUUAAAAAAUAAAUAAAAGUAAAAAACUGUAGGCAGUGAUCGACUGGCAGGGAAGAGGUAAAUUUUUAUUUGGACUGGGUAAAGGGGUUGUUUUUUUUUUAUUUUUUACUUAAACGUUAUUAAAACUUUUUUAAGCUUAAUUUUUAACUAAUACAGAGGCAGACCGGAGCACCAAUAACCCAGCGAUCGCCGCAAUAGCGGUGACCCGGGGUUAAUUUUACCGCGUGACGGACGAGGUCCGUCACUCGUCGUUAAGGGUUUCCCCUGAGCGCUUUUGAAGUAACACAGUUCCUCUUGUUGGAGGUUUGUUUUUGUGAAACAGAAUAGUUUAUUUUAAAUUUACCAGCAACCUUUUUUUUUUUUUUUUUUUUUGCCGUGCAUAAAAAAUUAUAACAUACAAUUUCGAGGUACCCCAACGGCAAUCCUCAAAGCAAACAUCACAUGUUACACUUGGGGUAUUAAGUUAGACAUGCACAAUUUUAUAAUAUUGGGGAUAAGAAUCUUUAUGAGGAGUUAAAGUGGAGACAUAAAUCGUGUGCGAGAGCUGCAGAUAUGGGGAACUCCUAAGCUCUUCAGCCAAUAAGAGUGUAUGUGUGAUCCAGCUCAAUAUGGGUAAACAUAUUUUAGUGAAACACUAUAAGUCUAGCUUAGUAAAUGCGCAUGUACUACUGUAUUGUCAGUGAGCGAGAAGCUGAAUGUUACAGGCUGAGCUUAUGUGGGUGCUGAAGUAUGAAAUAUACUCUACAGAGGGACAAAGAGUGGAAAAUAUGAGAUGCUAGCUAGGUCAUCUGAUUAUAUAAAAGAACAGGGUAAAAACCAUGGGUUAAAGCACUUAACAGUUUGCCAAAUCAGGUAAGGUGGCUGCUAUUGGUGUAUAGCGGGUCUGGUAACUUAGGCACGGAAGGGCAUGUUCAGUCCAUGUUCAACCGACUCCUGACAUCGGGAAGCACAGGUAAUCUGCUAAGCAGUCCCUCAGGGCCUUGAGCACAUGUGGGGGCCUGUGAGGCCGAGUGGUUGCAGGGGGUCCAAUUUUGGUCAUUCUCUGCAUCUUCCUCUGUGUCAGUUUGCAUGUCGCUGUACCUCGUCGUUUGCCUGAUCACCACUGUGGGGGCCUCGCCUUCAUCAGCGAUGAUCGCCCUAGGUGGUGGCUUGUAGUUGUGGGUGGCAUGCUCUGUUUACCUGGUUGCUGCCGGCGAGCUGUUCUCUUGGUGGCUCCCGGCCCAAGGAGGCGGUUGCCACUAGUGGCAGGUACUGGACACCGUUGGAUGCCGCUUCGUGAUCCGCGGCCCUUUUGUGCUGCCUGCCUCUGGUCUUUUGCUGGGGGGUCCCGUUGGGGACUUGCUGCUUUUGCCGCCAGCUUCGCCCAGAAGGCUUCCAGGAUAGCAUCGAGCUUUGCCUCUAGGCCCCCCUGGGACACCAGUCUGCAUUGUGUGUGUAGUUGCUUUGCUUGGCUGUGGCAGGGGGGUGAGUCCGCCAUCUUGUGCGUCUGGUUAUAUUCUGUGAUUCCGAUGCGUUGGCUAGGGGCCAUCCACUCUGUAGGUAGUGAAGUAUGGACCGGGAUGUCCCCCCCGGCCCAGAGGGGGGGGAAUGGGGCUUUGUGUGGUCCUGCUGGGUGAGGAGAUCGGGGACAGGAGAUCGGCUGCCUCUCCCGCCCGUAGCCCUCGCUAGGCCGCAACCGCUCUGCAUGGCUUUUGGCGGCCAGCAUCCCGGUUUUUCAGACCGGAACACUCCAGCCGUCGUCUGCGAUAGGUAAGUCCCUUUUUGGGUCAGGUUGUGAGCGGCAGGAGUCUCGAUUCGAUGCUUGGGCAAGUAGUUUGCUUGGGAGCUCCUGCAAGUUGCGACCGUCCGCCAUCUUGGUCAAGCCCCGCCCCAAUUUACCAGCAACCUUUAACAUAAAAGUAUCAAAGUGUAAAAAGGCAUUAAAAUAUCAACAUCACAAGUUAACUAAGCAUAAAUUUGAUGUUCAUGGUUUUUUAUAUUUAACCAGAAAAUAAGCAACUCAAAUUGGCACAAAUGGGCAGGUAUUAUUAUUAUUAUUAUUUUAGCAUUUAUAUAGCGCCAACUUAUUCCUCAGUACUUUACAAUAUUAUAAAUGGGGGAAAUGUAACAAUAUAUGAGACAAUUACAAAAUGUUACAGGAACAAAGGGUUUAUGAGGCCCCUGCUCAAAUAAGUUUACAAUUCUAGAUGGAGUGAGGUAUAAAAACACAAGUUUGGUACAGCAUUAAACUGUAUCUGGGCACACUCCUUCCUCUCAGCUAUAACAGAAGCUUUCCACACCAGCCUUUUUGUACAGGUGAGCGUUCAUGCCUAGUGCCAACCAGCUAUUAAGUAACACUUACGAUGGCACAUUAGUUAUUGUUUACAUAUGUUUGGUUGAAACAGGCUAAUGCAGCUUCCUCCUAUGUAAUGUUUUCUAGUUUUAAUGGAUCUAAACAGUUUUCAAAACUUAGAAAUGAACAGGUGAGAUGGUUGUGGUAUUUUAUGGAAUGCCUUCUUCUACAGUUCUACAAGAGUGGUCAUUUGGAAAGGACAGUUGGAUUCAUUACCUUGUUCAUCCUUCACUAAGCAUGCAUCUGACAAAUGUGCAACUCAUGGCUCGCACGCGAGUCUCAUUUGGUACCUUCCUCAGCUUGAUGUCUAAAGACAGAUCUUCGUUUCUGAGGCUGGAGGUAGGUCACCUGAUUAAUACUCUCUAUGCCAUAUUUUAAAUAUAUUACAAAAUGUUUCUUCUCUGCGGUAACUCAGUUACAUCACUUGGGUUUUAAAAAUAAGUCAGGGCUUUAAUAUUAUUAGUUGGGCUAUAAAAUAAAUAUAUUUAUGUUCAGGGCAACAGGGCAGUGUUUAUUUCCCUCAAAAAGCACUUGAAUUUAUAGUCUGCAUUUCCACCAUGGUUUUUUUUUUUUUUUUGGACCCAUAACAUUCCAUAAUGAUGAGUAGUCCAUGAAUAAGGAUGCUCUACCAUAUGAAGACUUGAAAUGUUAUAGGAGUGAAAUCAAUUAAUAAUUCAAGAAGAUACUAAAGAAACUGCUGCAAAUACCUAAGUGGUUUGUUGUCUUCCUACACAAUUCUACAUGCGUCAAGGUAAUUUUUCUAAUGAGCUGCCCAUUAACAUAAACUCGUUAAUGGAAAUGUAUGUCUUUCUGUGCAUCACCCAAUGAUGUCACCAUAUGCCUUCAUUCGAGCUGGAUCUGCCCCAGCCAAACUCUGUUAAAUAGAUAUAUGGAAGAGAUGAAUAAAAUAAAUUAAUUGUGAGCCCAUUUACCAAUGAUUCAUUUCUGAUUCUGGUUUCAAUUUCCCUAAAGGUGGCCGAAGGACAGUUUGCCAUACGUUUCGACUUUGGAGACAGAGAACACUUUAUUAGGGUGCCAAACUUGAGGAUAGACCAUGGCCAGUGGGUACUACUAAACUUAGAACGUUAUGACAAUAUUUUCACAUUACGUCUUAAUGGUGGUGGAGGGGAACGACAAGUAACUUCGGUAUUGGGAAAGAACUGGUUGUUUGACGUGGAUCCAUCAAGUGUUAUGCUAGGAAACAGCUUCCCUCAGCAAGCAGAUAAUGACUUUGAGGGUAAGCACCAACAUUUAAUGGCACGGGGUAAGCAACUUUUUGAACUGAGGUAAGGUUGUAGACCUUUGGGUCAUAUCAAAUGGGAAAUGGCAUGUGCAAUAUGUCUAGCAGGUCAGUGCAAAAAAAAAAACAUUACUUUUAACCUAAUUCAACCAAAUAUGACAGGGAAGUGGUUUUUGUGUGUGUGUGUGUGUGUGUGUGUGCGUGCGUGUCUGUGUGUUUGACUUACUCCGUUGUGAAUAAAUAAAGGAUUGAAUGACAGCUUUAUUUUAUUAGCCAAUUACUUUAAAGAAACAUUAGCAUUUCAGUUGAAGUUCAGUUUACAUGAAACAGAACAUUUAGAGCAGGGGUGUCCAGGAGGUAGAUUCCCAGAUGUUUUAAAACUACAGCUUCCAUGAUGCUUUACCUUUUCGGGCACCCCUGAUUUAAAGAAAUUGAAAAAUAUAUAUGGAGGUUAUAAAACAUGGCUAAUUUUGCUUAUUGUCAAGGAAGACUGUAUUUUCAAUCAGACAGGGAGCUGCCAUUAGUUUAUCCUCAUCUUGUAAUUUUCUGUCUUUUUACCUUGAUUUGAAUUCCAUCUGUUUUCUGAUUGGAUGCCUAGUGCUCUCAGCCAAUUACAAUAUAGCUAUAUUGCCAAAUGAGUCAAUACAAAUGUCCUUUACAGGAUGCCUGCGUGAUGUUCGCCUAAAUGGUCUCAUGCUUCCUGUGGAUGGAGAGAGUAAUAGGUACAGCACAGUUGUGAGUUCAUGUGGAAUCAGCAAAGGAUGCUAUUCAGAUGCCUGCAGGAAUGAUCCAUGCCAAAGUCCUCUAAACUGUAUUGACUUAUGGAGAAAACAUGAAUGCAGGUAAUUUUACACUUAGAAUUUAAAGGAGCACUAUAGUGCCAGGAGACAGCCACUAGAGGCUGGAUUAACCCUCAAUGUAAACAUAGCAGUUUCUCUGAAACUGCUUUGUUUACAUCUGAAGGGUUAAAACCUGGGGGACCUGGCACCCAGACCACUUCAUUGAGCUGAAGUGUCUGGGUGCCUAUAAUGGUCCUUUAAAUUGGGAAAAUCUGUUGUAAUUUAAUUAAUUGGAUCAACACUUUUUAUUGUUUCUAUUGUGAUAACUAUUAUUUGCUUUUAUUCAUUUGUAUAGUGGUAACAAAUAUUGUGUCAGAAUAUAGAGUAUAGUAGUUGUAGUUAUGUGUAUUACCUGAUAUUGGGAAGUAUGUAAUCGGGACAUAUAUUAAUAGUGCUAUAGUUGUAUUUGAUUUUAAAGGGGAACCAUGACUUGCCUAAAAAUUACACCAUUGAAUAAAAUGUUGAAAAUCACAUACAACAUGCCUUAACCGUUUUGUUGUAUGUAAUGCUCCAUGUUCUUUUAUGUUUAUUUUAAAGGUUUAUUAAAUGACAGUUCAGUUCACUUCAGGCACAGCCAGGGCACACAUUGAAAAUGAGGAGGACAAAUAGAAACAUUGUUUCCUUUUUCCUUUUUGGCUGUAUGCUUUCUUAAUGCUGUCUGCCAGGUGCAAAAGGCAGAGCUUAUAAUAAUGAUUGACAGGGAGCUAGAAUGGAGACACACAGUUGCAGGACUGGCAAUACAAAGCAGCCCUGGAAAAAAAAAAUGUAUGCCAGCCCUAUAAGUCAUGGUGCCACAUAGGGUGUGUGUGUGUAUAUAUGUACACCCUGUUCCAAAUUAUUAUGCAAAUUCUAUUUAAGUGUCACAAAGAUUAAAUAUUUUGUUUUUCAGUUUAACUCAUGGAUGGCAUUGUGUCUCAGGGCUCUUUUGAUCACUGAAAACAUUCUCGGAAACCUGUGAUAAUUAGAUUGCCAGGUGAGCCCAAGUUAACCUCUUCCCGCCGUAACGGCGUUCUAUGCCAUCGCGGCUUUAAUGGGCUUUAAAGCCGUUGCGGCGGCAUAGAACGCCGUAACGGCUUUGAGCCCCAGAGGACCGGCGGUACUCACCUCCGCAGCGAUCCUAUUCUGGAGGGCUGCCAGACCGCCCAGGCAGCCCUCCUCUGGCGAAUGAGGCCCCGGGGGUCAUGUGAUCGCUCUCAAAGAGCGAUCACAUGGCCCCCUAUAGCUGGCUGUGGAUCUGCCAGCAGGGGGGCUGUCUGAAAUAUCAGACAGUCCCCCUGCUGGUGGAAAGUGUAAAAAAAAUAAAUAAACAUGUUAAAAUAAAUUAAAUAUAUUUUUAUAUAUAUAAUAUAUGUGUAUAUAUUAUAUAUAUAAUAUAUAUACAUAUUGUAUACAUAUAACGUCAUACGUAAUGUAUUUUAAUAUUAAUAUAAGUAUAUAUUAAAAUACACUUAGAAUGAUGUUACAUAUAUAUUAUGUAUAUAUAUUAUAUAUAUAUAUAUAUAUAUAAUAGAUAUAUACACAUAUAUUAUAUAUAUACGUAUAAUUACAAUAAUAAAUAAAUUAAAUAAUAAAUAAAUAAAAUAUUGAAACAAAAUUUAAUAUAAAUUAUAUAUUCAUAUGUAAUUUCAUUCUAACUGUAUUUUGUUUUUAAUAUAUAUAUAUAUAUUGGUAACAAAAUACACUUAGAAUGACAUUCUAUAUAUAUCUAUCUAUAUAUAAAAUACAAAUAACCGCAAAUAUAUAUAGAUAAAUACAUAUAAUUACAUAAAAGAUUACAUUAGUAUACACGUAGAAUUUAAAUACCUAUAAAUGCAUAUAUAUUAAAAUUCUACGUGUAUAUUUAAGUAAUCUUUUAACAUAAUUAUGUGAUUUGAUUAAUUAAAAUUUGAUUGACAUGCCUGACAACACAGGGAGAAAGUGCAGAGAAUUUAAUUCGCAAGCACUAUAUUUGACCCUGUAACUCCAAGACUCCAUAAAACCUGUACAUAGGGGGUACUGUUUUACUCAGAAGACUUAGCUGAACUCAAAUAUUAGUGUUUCAAACUGGUAUAUUGUAUUACAACGAUGAUAUUUUAAGUAAAAGUGAAGUUUUUUGAAUUUUUUUACAAACGAACAUCAUGUUUAUGGACUAUAUUAUUGUUGUAAUAUGUUUUACUGUUUUAAAACACUAAUAUUUGUGUUUAGUGAAGUCUCCCGAGAAUAACAGUACCCCCCAUGUACAGGUUUUAUGGUGUUUUGGAAAGUUAGAGAGUCACAUAUAAGGCUUUCAUUUCAUUUUGUUGACAUUGAAAUUUGCCAGAUUGGUUAUGUUGCCUUUGAGACAGUAUAGUAGCCCAGGAAUAAGAAUUACCCCCAUGAUGGCAUACCAUUUGCAAAAGUAGACAACCCAAAGUAUUGCAAAUGGGGUGUGUCCAGUCAUUUUUAGUAGCCACUUAGUCACAAACACUGGCCAAAUAUUAGUUUUUUGCUUUUUUCACAAAAAAACAAAUAUGAACGCUAACUUUGGCCAGUGUUUGUGACUAAGUGGCUACUAAAAAAGACUAAACAUACCCACAUUCAAUACCUUGGGUUGUCUACUUUUUCAAAUGGUCUGCCAUUAUGGGGGUAAUUCUCAUUCUCAAAGGUAACAUUACUAAUCUGGCAAAUUUCAAUGUGAAAAUGAAACGUUCUAUAUUUGACCCUGUAACUUUCCAAAACACCAUAAAACCUGGUAAUUUGGGGUACUGUUGUACUCGUGAGACAUCGCUGAUUACAAAUAUGUGAAUAACAGUAUUAUGACAUUUACAGCUAAAAUGUGAGGCGGAACUACAAAUUGUUUUAAAAAAUUAACAUUUCUCACAGUUUUUAAAAUUUUAUUCAUAAUAAAUUAUGUUUCAUAUAUAAAUAUUUGAUAUGAAAUGAAAGCCCUGUUUCCCCUGAACAAAAUGAUAUAUAAUAAGUGUGGGUGCAUUUACUAUGAAAGAGUUGAAUUACGGUUGGACAGACAUGUAGCGCAAAUGCCAGGUUUUGUUUACAUUUUGUUUUGUUCACAACGUGUAUAUUUGGCUCUGUCCUUAACCCCUUAAGGACACAACUUCUGGAAUAAAAGGGAAUCAUGACGGAAUAUUUCCGUCAUGUGUCCUUAAGGGGUUAAGGGGUUAAGGAAAAACUACUAAAGGAGGGUGUUCCACAUUAUUAAGCAGAGCACCAUUUUCAUGCAAUAUGGGGGAGAAAAAGGAUCUCUCUGCUGCCGAAAAGAGUGAAAUAGUUCAAUGCCUUGGACGAAGGAUGAAAACAUUAGAUAUUUCACGAAAACUUAAGCGUGAUCAUCGCACUAUUAAGUGAUUUGUGGCUGAUUCAGAGCACAGAUGGGUUCGUACAGAUAAAGGCACAUUGAGGAAGAUUUCUGCCAGAUCCAUGCAUCUGAUCAAGAGAGCAGCUGCUAAAAUACCAUGACAUAGCAGCAAACAGAUAUUUGAAGGUGCUGGUGCCUCUGGAGUCCCACGGACAUCAAGGUGUAGAGUCCUCCAGAGUCUUGCAACUGUGCAUAAACCUUCUGUUCAGCCACCACUAACCAAUGCUCACACGCAGCAUUGGGCAGAAAAAUACAUGAAGACUAAUUUUCAAACAGUCCUGUUCACUGAUGAGUGUCGUGCAACCUUGGAUGGACCAGAUGGAUGGAGUAGUGGAUGGUUGGUUCCAACAAGGCUGCGACGUCAGCAAGGCGGUGGUGGAGUCAUGUUUUGGGCCGGAAUCAUGGGAAGAGAGCUGGUCGGCCCCAUUAGGGUCCACGAAGGUGUAAAGAUGACCUCUGCAAAGUAUGUAGAGUUUCUGACUGACCACUUUCUUCCCUGGUACAGAAGGAAGAACUAUGAUUUCCAUAAUAAAAUCAUCUUCAUGCAUGAUAAUGCACCAUCUCAUGCUGCAAAGAAUAUCUCUGCAUCAAUGGCUGCUAUGGGGAUAAAAGGAGAGAAAGUAAUGGUGUGGCCUCCAUCCUCCCCUGACCUCAAUCCUAUUGAGAACCUUUGGAGCAUCCUCAAGCAAAAGAUCUAUGAGGACUGGAUGCAGUUUACAUCCAAACAGCAGCUCUGGGAGGCUAUUCUGACAUCUUGCAAGCAAAUUCAAGCAGAAACUGUCCAAAAACUCACAAGUUCAAUGGAUGCAAGACUUGUGAAGCUGCUAUCAAAUAAGGGGUCCUAUGUUAAAAUGUAACGUGACCUGUUAAAAUGUUUAAGAAGUUAAAAUGUUGUUAUUAGUUUGAUUGAAAUAGCUUUUGAUUUCAGUAAAGAUGCUGCAAACACAACAAAUGACAAUUUUCAGUUCUUUAAAACCUGUAAAGUGUUUUGAAACGUACUGUGCGUAAUAAUUUGGAACAGUGCAUGGUAAGUUUUUUAUGUUUUAAAAAAAUACUGUUAUCAUUAGGAGGUUUGUUCAAUAAAAUUUGAAUUGUACUCUUAAUAGUUGAUAACAUGAGAAUAAUGCUGACUGUUAUUUAGAUCAAUUAUUUAGGUAAAUGAGAAAAAUAUAAUUUACAUUAUAAUUUGGAACAGGGUGUGUAUAUAUAUAUAUAGUAAAUAUUUACUAUAUUACAUAUAUAUAUAUAUAUAUAUAUAUAUAUAUAUAUAUAUACACACACACAGUAUCUCACAAAAGUGAGUACACCCCUCACAUUUUUGUAAAUAUUUUAUUAUCUCUUUUCAUGUGACAACACUGAAGAAAUGAUACUCUGCUACAAUGUGAAGUAGUAAGUGUACAGCCUGUAUAACAGUGUAAAUUUGCUAUCCCCUCAAAAUAACAACACACAGCCAUUAAUGUCUAAACCGCGACGAAUGUGAGUACACCUUUAAGUGGAAAUGUCUGAAUUGGGCCCAAUUAGCCAUUUUCCCUGUGCGGUGUCAUGUGACCCGUUAGUGUUACAAAGUCUCAGGUGUGAAUGGGGAGCAGGUGUGUUAAAUUUGGUGUUAUCACUCUUACACUAACAAAUACUGGUCACUGAAAGUUCAACAUGGCACCUCAUGGCAAAGAACUCUCUGAGGAUCUGAAAAAAAGAAUUGUUGCUCUACAUAAAUUGUUGCUCUAGGCUAUAAGAAGAUUGCCAAGACUCUGAAACUGAGCUGCAGCACAGUGGGCAAGACCAUACAGCGGUUUCACAGGACAGGUUCCACUCAGAACCGGCUUAGCCAUGGUCGACCAAAGAAGUUGAGUGCACGUGCUCAGCGUCAUAUCCACAGGUUGUCUUUGGGAGCCAGCAUUGCUGCAGAGGUUGAAGGGGUGAGGGGUCAGUCUGUCAGUGCUCAGACCAUACGCCGCACACUGCAUCAAAUUGGUCUGCAUGGCUGUCGUCCCAGAAGGAAGCCUCUUCUAAAGAUGAUGCACAAGAAAGCCUGCAAACAGUUUGCUGAAGACAAGCAGACUGAGGACAUGGAUUACUGGAACCACGUCCUGUCGUCCGAUGAGACUAAGAUAAACUUAUUUGGUUCCGAUGGUGUCAAGCGUGUGUGGCGGCAACCAGGUGAGGAGUACAAAGACAAGUGUGUCUUGCUUACAGUCAAGCAUGGUGGUGGGAGUAUCAUGGUCUGGACCUGCAUGAGUGCUGCUGGCACAGGGGAGCUGCAGUUCAUUGAGGGAACCAUGAAUGCCAACAUCUGUGACAUACUGAAGCAGAGCAUGAUCCCCUCCCUUUGGAGACUGGGCCGCAGGGGAGUAUUCCAACAUGAUAACGACCCCAAACACACCUCCAAGACGUCCACUGCCUUGCUAUAGAAGCUGCAGGUAAAGGUGAUGGACUGGCUGAGCAUGUCUCCACACCUAAACCCUAUUGAGCAUCUGUGGGGCAUCCUCAAACAGAAAGUGGGGGAGUGCAAGGUCUCUAACAUACACCAGCUCCGUGAUGACAUCAUGGAGGAGUGGAAGAGGACUCCAGUGGCAACCUGUGAAGCUCUGGUGAACUCCAUGCCGAUGAGGGUUAAGGCAGUGCUGGAAAAAAAUGGUAGCCACACAAAAUAUUGACACUUUGGGCCCAAUUUGUACAUUUCCACUUAGGAGUGCAUUCACUUUUGUUGCCAACAGUUUAGACAUUAAUGGCUGUGUGUGGAGUUAUUUUGAGGGGACAGCAAAUUUACACUGUUAUACAGGCUGUACACUUACUACUUUACAUUGUUGCAGAGUGUCAUUUCUUCAGUGUUGUCACAUGAAAAGAUAUAAUAAAAUAUUUACAAAAAUGUGAGGGGUGUACUCACUUUUGUGAGACACUGUAUAUAUAAUAUUUACUAUUGGCAUGUUUACUUUUUAAUUAAAAAAAAUUGGUCCUUUUAUGGAAAAAAAUUCAAUGAUACAGUAAGCACACAAGCUCACUGAUACACAGGUUCACAGAGAGACAAGCUCAUUGACACAAAACACAAACUCACUGAUACACACAAAUAGGCUCACUGACAGACAAAGCGCUCUGACACACACACAAGCUUACUACAAACAAACUCACUGACACACACAUGCUCAAUACAGACAAACUCAGUGACACACACAAUCUUACUACAAACAAGCUCACUGACACUCACAUGCUCACUACAAACAAGCUCAGUGACACACACACACAAGCUCACUACAAGAAAGCUCAGUGACACACACACAUAUGCCCACUACAGACAAGUUCACUGACGUACACACGCUCACUACAAAGAAGCUUAGUUAGACACAUGCUCACUACAGACAAGCUCACUGACACACAUGCUCUACUGAGCAUGUGUGCCAGUGAGCUUGUCAGUGACACACACACACAAGCACACUGACAUGCACAUGCUCACUAUAGACAAGCUCACUGACACACACACACAAGCUCACUGACACAUAUGCUCACUAAAUACAAGCUCACUGACACACACAUGCUCACUAAAUACAAGCUCACUGACAUACACAAGCUCACUACAGAAAAGCUCACUGACACACACAAAUAUGAUAUUAAAAUAUAUGAUAACCAAAACCCAUGCAGCCUAAUUUUAAACCCUUACAUAAUGUAAUAUUAAAAUAUAUCAUUGCCUCUUCCCAAGUCCCCCACCUGAGGUCCAAUUAUAUAUUUUAAUACUAUAUUUAUGUGGGGGAUUGGGCCACAAAUAUAAAUGUCACAAAUAUCCUUGCCUCAUUCCCAAGCCAGGUCUUUCCUGUCCUCAGCUCUUUCCUGUGCUGCCCUCUCCCUCUAUCUAAUACACUGCUGCCCCCCUCCUCCGCAAUCUAAUGCACUGCUGAACCCCUCCCCCCCAUCUCAAACACUGCUAACCCGCCACCCCCAUCUAAUACACUGCGGAUCCCCUCCCCAUCUAAUACACUGCUGACCCCCUCCCCAAGUAAUGCACCCCCCAAAUCUAAAACACAAUAGGUCCCCCAAGUCCCUUUUCCCCUACCUGUACUUCAAGAUGCAAACAGGACAGUCCUGUCUAAGCUCAGCUCUGUCUUGCAGUACAGUGAUUGGUGGCAUUCUGCACAUGCAGAACUGGCACUGCGUGCAGGGGGGGAGGGAUGCUGCAGCUACGCCGCGCACUGUAAGUCUGCCACUGCACAUCCACUGGGUAUGAUGUCAUAUGCCUUAUGCUGCUCAGGAAAAAUCUUUGUGCUUUUCUGGCCAUCAGCCACAGGAGCAUCGGCCAUGGCAUACCAAUCGGCCGUGGGAGGACAAACAGGAAAAAAACAACUCCUGUCUUGUAGCUGGGUGCAGCCACAGCUCAAAGCGGCUCCAGGGCAAAUUACCAGUCCGGCCCUGGUUGCAGGACAAAGAUUUGAAUUGUUACGUAUAAUUUUGUUUAUUACAUCUCACAAACACAUAUAUAUGUUAUGUACAGGGGUAAUUAAACAUUGCAUUAAACAGUGUGCAAAGUGAUACUAAAAAAAAAUUGGAUUCUACUAUAUGGUAGAAUAACUGACCUCAUGGACAUCUUUUUAAAGGACCACUCAAAAGACCAUAACCACAACAUCUCACUGUAGUGGUUAUGGUGCCAGGAAUGCCCUGGCAACCGUAAUUAUAAAUUAAUAACUAUAAGCUAGACAAAUCCUUAUAUAGUGAAAUCUUGAGAUAAGAAUUUACAACUAUAACCACUGUGCCACUAGUAAAAAUAGUAACCACCAUCGGAGGUUACAGGAUAAAAGUACAUAGAGGGUGCUUAUUGAAAUAAAUCAAUAAUCAAUACUGGACUCAGUGGAAAUAGCAAAUAUAGAAUGAUCCUUAGUUAAUCUUUCUAAGGUCUUUAAAUGUAUCAGCUGGUCGGAUCUAAACCUCCUAUAGAGUAAGGUAGGUAGAAUCCACUAGCUGUUAAAGAGUUAAUAUAGUAGAGAUCCUAUAAUCUUUAGAAUCAAUACCACAUAUAUAUCAUAGGUAUAAAAUAAUAAUAAUAAAAAAUAUAUCUUUUAAUAAAAAUCCCAAAGGAUCAGCAGUUAGUAUCAUAUAUGUGAAGCAGACAUCAAACUAUUUAUAAAUGGUUUAUUGUCUAAACAGCACACAAAAAUAUAAAAGACUAAUAAUAAAAAAUAAAAAUUAAAACAGUCCCACAUGAGAGCGAUAACUAAGGAUCAUUCUAUAUUUGCUAUUUCCACUGAGUCCAGUAUUGAUUAUUGAUUUAUUUAAACCGUAAUUAUAAGUAGUCAAAUCAUUUUUGACUUAUUACUCUCAGCCUGCACUGAGAGCCUUGCUCUGGAGACCUAAUGGAAGUUCCUUAGGAACUUCAAACUCUCUGGUGUUAGUAUUGGAUACAUGGAGAAGUAUCAGGUGGACCCCUAGUAGGAACUCAAACCAAUAAAAAACAUUUUGACUACUAACACUAGGGUGGGGGGGCACAUAGGCACUCCUGGCACCAUAAACAACGAGCUGUAGUGGUUGUUGUCCUUGAAGUGUUCACUUACAAGUAGUAGAUUCAUAGAAACAUGUUCACAAUGUAUAUUUCUUGUUGUCCUGACAUAUUGACAAACUAAUUAUAAUUAUCAUCAUAUUGACUAUGGGCAGUUUGCACUGAACUCUGCAUAUUUUCCUAUCAAUGUACAUUUUCUUGUGUGAUUUGUUUUUUAAAAUUAAGUAGUAUUUGUCCUUAGCAUGUGCUCUUUUUGUUGUGAUUUCAUUCAGGUGCCCGGCAGAUAAAGUUGAAGUGACAAAUAAUGUGACUGGGCACAAGAGUUGCCACCCUUCCCCAUGUACGCGGUGGAGCUGUCGGAAUGGCGGCACUUGUGUGGCUCAAUCCCACCAGAAGUAUAUGUGCCAAUGCAAGGAUGGCUACAAAGGAAGGUUAUGUGAAAGCAUCCAGAUAAGAGCAGGAAAAUCUGUUGGAAUCAGCUCUGGCUCCAUAUUAGCCAUCAGCAUGUGCCUACUUAUCUUCAUAGGUACCACUGUGAGCAAUGAGAUUCCACUCUUUUCUAGAAUGAUUGUUAUUUCAGUGAUUAAAAUGUUUGCUUGCUGGUUCUAUAGGCCUUUAUUUAUGGAACUUUAAAAGAGCACUUAGCUCGAAUAGUUUCGGAACGUGAUAGUUUAGUGUAAAUGAAAGUCAUAAAAAUAUGUCCAAACAUAAUUUAGUUGUCCAGAAUUUUCAAAUUCAUGAGAGUGGGGGAAGAGAAGGUAGAAGACAGAUAUAGGAAUAAGUAGGAAAAAAACAAGCGAGGUGAGAGAUCUGUGCCAUCUGAGCUACCCGAUAGAAGAAUGCAGAGUUUCAGGUCUUAUAACACACAGGACUGGUCACACCCAUAUAGUUACACACAGUACUUUGGGGACUACUUUGUCCCUGCAUUUCUCCUCCGCCUGACUUUUUUUAGACACAAGGCAGAGUUUAAGAGUCAAUCCUUGCAGCUGUCACCAUUGAAGACUGCAGGGAAUUGGCUGUGGCCAGACUGCGGGAUCCUCCAUAGACCUCAAUGCAGUUCUCUUGCACAAAUUUAUGAGAAUACAACAGUGACGUCAGCGCCAAAGAGGACCAUGUCUGAAGAAAAUGGUGGCACCCCCGAGGGACAGGUUCAAGUAAGUAAACUCCCACUUCCCCACAGUACCACCAGCAGCAAUGUCACCGUCUGAGACUUUGCAAAUUUGGCAACAUAGUAACAUAGAAUGUAAUGGCAGAUAAGAACCAUUUGGCCCAUCUGGUCUGCCCAAUUUUAAAAUACUUUCAUUAGUCGUUGGCCUUAUCUUAUAGUUAGGAUAGCCUUAUGCAUAUCCCACGCAUGCUUAAACUACUUUACUGUGUUAACUUCUAUCACUUCAGCUUGAAGGCUAUUCCAUGCAUCCACUACCCUCUCAGUAAAGUGAUACUUCCUGAUAUUACUUUUAAACCGUUGCCCCUCUAAUUUAAGACGAUGUCCUCUUGUUGUGGUAGUUUUUCUUCUUUUAAAUAUAGUCUCCUCCUUUACUGUGUUGAUUCCCUUUAUGUAUUUUUUUUUGACAUUCUUUAUUUAGUUUUGUGGUUUGACAAGAAGUAACAGUACAAACAUUUGUUUCCGUAACAGUGUUUCGCUAAAGAUCCCUUUUGCCAUAUCCCUUCUCAUAUCACCCCCCCUGCUGAGGUACGAGCCUGCUAUCAGGGCUCAGCUGGCGGCCGGGUUCCCACCGGGCGGCAGGGACAGCCCCCCAAGGGCCGAUAGAGGUGCCGGUACUCCCGUUCCCCUCUCUCCAUCCCGCGCCCCCGCCCCCCAGUCUCGGGCCCCAAGCGGGGAGGGUUGUGGGUAAAGCGGUAGUUAGGUGAGGGUGCGCCUCAUUGCGCGGUUGGGUUGGGGUACCUUGGCUCGAGGCGCGGGCCGGGCUCCCCCCUCUGUGGGGGGUGAUAGGUGUGUGGGGGGAGAGGACUCCGUUGAUCCGGAGCUGGGCCGUUGGGGUCGCGUAGAGCGCUGCGAUCCAUCGCAGGAUGUUAGGGCCGAAACCCAUCGUCCGGAGCGUGGUUUGGAGGAAUUGCCAGUCCACCCUAUCAAAGGCCUUCUCAGCGUCGGUGGAGAGGAGAAGGCUACCCCGCUUGGAGCGCUGUUGUGAGUGCAUGAUGUUAAGGGCCCGGACCGUGUUGUCCUUGGCUUCUCUCCCCGGGAUGAAGCCAGUUUGAUCCGGGUGGACCAGCGUAGAGACCAGGCGGCCUAUGCGGGUCGCUAGGACCUUCGUAAAAAGCUUAAGGUCGGAGUUUAGUAGCGAUAUUGGUCUAUAACUGGAGCACGCGGCCGGGUCCUUGCCUUCCUUGGGUAUGACCGUUAUGGUGGCCAGGAGGGUGUCCCCCUGGAACCUACUGGCUUCCAGAAGUGAGUUCAGGCCCGACAAUAGCUCCGGUAACAGUAUCUCUCCAAAUGCCUUAAGAUAGCGUGGGGGGAGCCCAUCUGGUCCCGGGGCCUUGUUGAGGGGGGUGUUUUUUAGGACCCCUGGAGUUCCUCAAUCGUGAUGGGGGAUUCGAGUUCCUCACUUUGUUCGCGUGUGAGACUCCGGGUGACAUGUUGAUCUAAGUAAGCUUGUGUCUUCGUUUGUCUCCUUUGUGUCUCCCCGGCUGUCUGAUCCGGUGCAAUGUUGUAGAGUUUAGCAUAAUAGUCUCGAAAUUCCCCGAUUAUCUUGUCAGGCACUUGUGUAAGGGGACCGCUGUGCGUCCUGAUUUUAGUUAUGUGGCUCUGGCGGCGUUUCUGCUGCAACAUUCUGGCGAGCAGACGGCCACACUUAUUGGAGAACUCGUAAAAAUGGCGGUUGGAUUUCCGCAAUGAGUGUGAGAGUUGUUUAGACAGUUGGUGCUGUAGGGCCCGUCGUGCUUCUAAUAGCGCUCUGUAUACUUCCUCCGAGUUUGUAGUUUUGUGUUCUUGGUCUAAUUGGGCGACCCGCGCAUGAAGGUCCGUUAAGAGCCUGCGUGACUCCCUCUUUCGUGCUGUGCCGACCUUGAUGAAGUAUCCCCGGAUUACGCACGUAUGCGCUUCCCAGCGGGUCAGGUGCGUCGUCUCUGUAGGGUCGUUUUCAUUGAAGUAUUGGCGGAGAACAGUCUUGGUGUCCGCAAGGGUGACAGCAUCAGCAAGCAGUUGGUCGUUUAGCUUCCAGUGCCGGUGUGUGGGCUUAUGCAGGGGGGACGCCAUGACGGCCAGGACCGGGGAGUGAUCUGACCAGUUGGCCGGAAGGAUCUCACAUGAGUGCAGCAGGUGGAGGCAGGGGCGGACUGACCGGUCGGGCACUUCGGACACGGUCCGAGGGCCCGGCCGGGAGGGGGACCCGCCGCCAGGGCCGCCUUUAGGGGGCCCGGCGGCAGGGCUGGAUUGGGGACUUGAGGAAGGUGCCACCGGGUGGCCGGUCCGGUGGCACACUGUGGGGGGGCCGGCCGUUUCAUGUUAGAGCCGCUGGACCGGGUAGCAGCCUCGCCGGUCCGGCGGCAUUCCUCCUACUAACGCUGAAGGAGGAGGAGGAGGAGGAGCAUGUGUCUGUCAUGCUCCUUUGCGGUUCCCACAUCCUGUGCUGGGAAUUGUGGGAACCGCAGGGAGCAUGACAGACACAUGCUCCUCCUCCUCCCUCCUUCAGCUGCUAGUAGAGGAAUGCCGACCGGGCGAGGCUGCCACCCGGUCCGCGCUGCAGCAUGAGCGCCCCAGACUUGAGUAAGGGGGGAAAGAGGGGGAACAGAGAGAUGGGGAGGAGAGAGGGGGCAAUAGAGAGAUGGGGAGGGGGGAAAGAGGGGGAACAGAGAUGGGGAGGGGGGAGAAGAGGGGAACAGAGAGAUGGGGAGGGGGGGGAGAAGAGGGGCAAUAGAGAGAUGGGGGGGGGAAGAGGGGGCAAUAGAGAGAUGGGGUGGGGGGGGAAGAGGGGCAAUAGAGAGAUGGGGAGGGGGGGAAGAGGGGCACAGAGAGAUGGGGAGGGGGGGAAGAGGGGGCACAGAGAGAUGGGGAGGGGGGGAAGAGGGGCAAUAGAGAGAUGGGGAGGGGAGAAAGAGGGGGCAAUAGAGAGAUGGGAGGGGAGAAAGAGGGGGCAAUAGAGAGAUGGGGAGGGGGGGAAAGAGGGGGGAACAGAGAGAUGGGGAGGGGGGGAAGAGGGGGCAAUAGAGAGAUGGCCGCCGCCAUCAGCUUCUCCUUAGUGCUAUACGUGUGGAGGCAACAAAGGACGUCACGGGGCCUUCCAUCCGGGCGUUGGGGCCCUUGUGUCCUGUGAACGCGGUCGAACUGGAUCUCUUUGGGGCCCUCCUGGCCCAAGAUCUGUCGGAAGAGGGCCCUCAGGGUGUCUGGCAGUGGGGUUGCGUCCGGCUCCGGGAGGCCCCGGAUCCGAAUAUUUUGCCGCCGGCUCCUGUUCUCCAGAUCUUCGACUUGGCGUCGCAGGGAGAGCAGUAUGUUCCCCUGUCGCGUGGUGGCCAGUUCUGCGGCCCGGUGCUGCGUGCGGCAUGCUUGCGCCUCGGUCUCCAGGGCCUCCACCCUCACUUCAACCGCCGACAAGUCUGUCCGCAGGGCCGUGAUCUCCUCCCUGAUCGCUGUCCGAAGCUCUUGUAGAAGGCCGCCCGAGUCUGCCUUGGUGAGCAUAUGGGUGGAGAUCAUGGCCAGCUCCUGCUUAAUCUGGGCCAGUGUGUCAUCUGGGAGGGAGUCCCCCAUGCUGUCCUGGCUCGGGGAUCCGGGCGCCAUUUUGUCCGGCGGCCCGAAGCUGUCCUGUUUGCUCGGGGUGCAGAUAAAAUCGUUCAUCGUGCCCAUGUGGCGGCGUGGGGAGCCACCCAGAGCCUGUGGUUUUUUAUUUCUGACCAUUUUUAAACGUUAAGGCCGCUGAAUAAUCGCUAUUUUAUGGCCAGGGUGUGAGGAGCUUGGUCUCUACACGUCCUGUCGCAUGCUCGGCUCGGCCACGCCCCCCCCCCCUUUAUGUAUUUAAAUGUUUCUAUCAUAUCCCCCGUCUCGUCUUUCCUCCAAGCUAUACAUGUUAAGUUCCUUUAACCUUUCCUUGUAAGUUUUAUCUUGCAAUCCAUGAACCAGUUUAGUAGCCCUUCUCUGAACUCUCUCUAGUAUCAAUAUCCUUCUGGAGAUACAGUCUACAGGUCUACAGCACUGCGUACAAUACUCCAAGUGAGGUUUUACCAGUGUUCUGUACCUCUUUCUACUGCUAAUACCUCUCCCUAUUCAACCAAACAUCCUGCUGCUCUAUUACAUUGUCUGCCUCCUUUUUAAUCAUCAGAAAUAAUCACCCCAAAAUCCCUUUCCUCAGAUGUUGAGGUUAGGACUCUAUCAAAUAUUCUGUACUCUGCCCUUGGGUUUUUACGUCCAAGAUGCAUUAUCUUGCACUUAUCCACAUCAAAUGUCCGUUGCCACAACUCUGACCAGUUUUCUAGUUUACCUAAAUCAUUUGCCAUUUGGCUUAUCCCUCCUGGAACAUCAACCCUGUUACAUUUCUUAGUAUCAUCAGCAAAAUUGCAUACCUUACCAUCAAGACCUUCUGCAAUAUCACUAAUAAAAAUAUUAAAGAGAAUAUUACAGAUCCCUUAAGUACUCCACUGGUGACAAGCCCAUGCUUCGAAUAUACUCCAUUGACUACAACCCUCUGUUGCCCGUCACUCAGUCACUGCCUUACCUAUUCAACAAUAUUGGAAUCCAAACUUAAAGAUUGCAGUUUAUUGAUAAGCCUUCUAUGUGCAACAGUGUCAAAAGCUUUACUGAAAUCUAGGUAAGCAAUGUCUGCUGCACCACCCCAAUCUAUUAUUUUAGUUACCCAAUCAAAAAAACCAAUAAGAUUAGUUUGGCUUUGUCACGACACUCCUUAGUUAAUAUGCCCUCGUGCAGUACUCACACUCACCACUGUUUCUGUUUGGCACUGUUUCUCAUUUCUUUUUGUUAAGCACUUCACCUGGCCCUUGUUUAGCACCUAUAUAUUCUGGUUUCUCCCCUCACUCCCAGCCAGAUCAUUGUCUCUUGUCUCCUGUUUCCCCGGUUCCUGGUCCCCUGUGAUUCUGGCUCCUGGCUCCUUGAUCAUGCAUACUGUUCCUUGGUCCUGUGCCUCCUGAUCUUCGUUCCUGUGUUCUCCUGGUCUUCCUCCUGUGUCCUCCUGAUCCUGCAUUACUGUAUCCUCCUGGUCCUUCAUUCCUCUACCCUCCGAUCCUGUGUUCUGGUUCCGUGUUCUCUGCUUUAUUUCCAGUGAUCCUGACCAUGCAGCCCUGUUAAUUUAUUCUGCUUCUGAUCUUGCUUCCUGGUGUCAGUAUAUUAGUCUUGUGACUCUGGAUCUGUGCCCUACCUGCUACUUGUGGUAACUGCAACAAUCCUAUCCUUUAAAAUGGUUUUCAUUACUUUCCCCACUACUGAAGUAAGGAUUACUGGCCUAUAGUUGCCCGACUCCUCCCUAUUACCUUUCUUGUGAAUGGGCACAACAUUCGCUAACUUUCAAUCUUCUGGGAUUACUCCUGUUAACAAUAAUUGGUUAAAUAAAUCUGUUAAUGGUUUUGCUAGUACACCACUAAGCUCUUUUAAUAACUUUGGGUGUAUUCCAUCAGGUCCCAUUGACUUACGUCUUUACUUUUGAAAGUUGAAAUAGAACCUCUUCCUCUGUAAACUCACAUGUAACAAAUGACUCAUUUGUCCUUUUUCUUGGCCGAGGCCCCUUUCCUUCAUUUUCAUCUGUAAAUACUGAACAAAAAUAUUCAUUGAGGCAAUCAGCUAGACCUUUAUCCUCUUCUACAUAACUUCCUUCUUUUGUUUUUAAUCUAACUAAUCCUUGUUUUACUUUCCUUUUCUCAUUUAUGUAUCUAAAAAAUGUUUUGUCCCCUUUUUUACUGGAUGUGCUAUUUUCUCUUCUGUGUGUGAUUUGGAAGCUUUUAUAACUUCACUACCCUCUUUCAGCCUAAUCGUAUAGAUCAUUCUGUUUUCCUCACUCUGUUUUUUUUUUUUAUAAUUACUAAAUGCUAACUUUUUGUUUUUUUACUAUUUUGGCCAUAUCUGCAGAGUGCCACAGUGGUUUCUUGAAUUUUUUGCUUUUACUGGCAAGCCUAAUGCAAUGUUUUGUUGACUUCAGCAGUGCAACUUUUAAACAGUCCCAUUUCUCUUGGACUCCAUUUAAAUUUCUCCAGUCUGAUAAUGACUCCUUUACACAUAUUCUAAUUUUAGAAAAGUCUUUUCCUUUUAAAAGUCUAAAACUUUUGUUUUCAUGUGGUGUGACUCAGUCACUGUUUUUAUAUUAAACCACACUGACUUAUGAUCACUGGAUCCUAAACUUUCACCUACAGUAAUAUCGGAUACCAAAUCUCCAUUUGUUAAUACUAAAUCUAGUAUGGCCUCUUUACGAGUUGGCUCCUCAACGACUUGUUUUAGAGACAAUCCCAGUAGGGAGUUUAGAGUAUGUGUGCUCCUGGCACAAGCAGCUAUUUUGGUUUUCCAAUUUACAUCAGGAAGAUUAAAGUCACCCAUGAUGAUAACUUCCCCCUUCAUUGUCAUUUUAGCUAUUUCCUCAACUAGUAGAUUAUCUAACUCGUCUAUUUGUCCUGGGGGCCUAUAAAUCACACCUACACGAGUUACUGUGUGAUUACCAAAUUCUAACGUAAUGUUCACUUCACUAACUUUCAUUAGGUUAGAUUUUAUGCUAUCCUUCACAUACAGGGCCACCCCUCCCCCUUUCUUGCCUUCCCUGUCUUUUCUAUAUAAAGAGUACCCUGGAAUUGCUAUGUCCCAGUCAUUUUUCUCAUUGUACCAUGUCUCAGUAACAGCGACUAAAUCUACAUUAUCAGUUAUUGCCACAAGUUCAUGGAUCUUAUUCCCUAAACUGCGAGCAUUUGUAGACAUGACAAAGUCCCCAAACAGUGACAAUGCUGCUUUCAAUCAUUUGAACAAAACAUGCAUUUUGCAAUAAUUAUUGUAAGUGCUAACCUAAACAUUACUGACUUUGCUGUUAAAUACUGUGCACAUUACACAACUUUAGUCAACAAAAGCCGGGGAAGAAAAAGAAAGUGCUGGGAGGCAGGACCAGUGCAAGGAGUUUUGCCAUCCUAAGCAAACAAAAUUUUCCGCCCCCCAUAUGCUCUGCCCACCAUGUGACAUCACAAUACCCCACCCAUAGGAUCUGCCAUAUGAGCCAACGCCAGUGCUGCACACAGUGUCAGUUUGUGUAAGGGAUGUAGUGUGUGUGUAUAGGGGAUGCAGUGUGUGUGUGUUCCUGUGUGUGUGUAAGGGAUGCAUUGUGUGAUUCUGUGUAUGUAUUGUAAUGCAGUGUGUGUGUCUGUAAUGGGUGCAUUGAGUGUGUCUAAGAGAUGCAUUAAGAGAAGCAGUGUGUGUGUGUGUAAGGGAUGCAUUGUGUGCUUCUGUGUAUGUGUGCAAGGGCUGCAUUUUGUGUGUGUGUGUGUGUGUGUUUGUAAGGGAGGCACUGUGUGUAAAUGUGAGUGGGUAAGGGAAGCAUGGUGUGUUUCUUUGUGUGUAGGAUUCACUGUAUGUUUUGGUGUGUGAGUAGGGAUGCAUUGUGUGUUUCUGUGUAUGUGUAAGGAUGCAUUGUGUAUGUGUGUAGUGUGAAAGAAAGGGUUUGUGGGCCAUCUGUGCAUCUCCCUCCUGAGCCCCUCUGUGUGUCCCUUAGUAAUCUUCCCUCCUCCCCUGUCCCUUAGUUGUCUCUCUUCUUCCCCCCCCCCACUACCCCUGGUGGUCUCUCUCCCCCUCACUCCUGCCUUCACCUCUUCCACCCUUCCCCUCCUGGUCUCUCUCUCUCCCACCCUUCCCCUCCUGGUCUCUCUUUCUCUCUCCCCAUCCCCUCCUGGUCUCUCUUUCUCUCUCCCCAUCCCCUCCUGGUCUCUCUCCCCCCCCCUUCCCCUCCUGGUCUCUCUCUCCAUCCCCUUCCCCUCCUAGUCUCAUCCCCUUCCCCUACCUCAGUGUAGCGUGGCGGCGCAGAUCGCGGUACAGGAAUUCUGUACCUGGCCAGACUGACAGGAAGUGCUCACUGAGCCACGCUACACUGAGUAACCGGUAGGAGGGAGCGCUGGUCACUCAAAUCUGGUGCCCUCCCUGCCGGUGGGCCCUAGACGACUUCCUAAGCCCUAGACGCUCUGGCCCUGCUGGGAGGAAGGAUGGAUGGAUUUAUGUAUGUGCUGCUCUGUCGUACUUUAUUCUUUGGCCGGAAGCUGCUGUUACAAUAGUUAGAUAAAUUAUCUAAUGUUGUUAGCUUUGUUGUUGCAGCCUUGUUGGUCUCCUACACAGUGUGGAGCCAAUGGGGGAGGUCCAAGUUCCGCAAAGGAGGAGUUUAUCACAUCCCUGCAGAGCAUGAAAGCUGGGAGGACAUCCGAGAGAACGUCUUAAAUUACAAUGAAGAAGGAGGAGGAGAACAUGAUCAGGUAAGUGUAAUGAGAAUGUUCGAAUUGCAGAAAUGCUCAUCCAAGUAAUGACACAUACUAACAAAGUAUCAGCCUCUAAACCAUAGUUUCACUGGUAACAGAGCAGGAUGGCAUAGAUUAAGCAAUUGUACAGCGCUGCCGAAUAUGUUGGCGCACAAUAAAUAUCUAAAUAAAUAUAGAAUGUCAUGCCAGUUUCUGGUCUUUUGAUAUUAUUAUAAUUAAGCUGUUAAGAGGUUAAUCAGGUGCAAGUUGGUUUAACCCCUUAAGGACACAUGACAUGUGUGACAUGUCAUGAGUCCCUUUUAUUCCAGAAGUUUGGUCCUUAAGGGGUUAAAGAGACACUCCGGACCACUAAAGCAUUUUAGGUCACUGAAAUGCCUUAUACGUGAGGAAUGUGUUCUCUUUUUUUCCAUUUAAAAAAAAGUGUAGUGGCCCUUUUAUAAAUUAACCGUUACAACCCCCCUAAUGUUCAAUCAAACAGCAGGUUCUGUUACUUACUGGUUUCGUUAGCUCAGUGGAAAAAAAGACAGCAAUUGCCCAGAGCACCUGUUCUGCAAAAGUGCUUCUCAUUGAGCUGCUUUGCGAAGUCUGUGAUUAGACAGCCAUGGAAAGCCCAGGCGGGGUAAGAAGGGGAGGGCUUGCAAAGGCUCUAAAAAGAGAACUGUAAGCUGUAAUGUACAAUGAACAAAAUGCAUAAUUAAAUCCAUGCAUGAUUUCAUUGGGGAUGUAUCUACUAAACAGAGAUUUUCUUUUUUUUAAUUUAUAGGCAAUUUUCCCUUUAAAAUGUUCCGACUGACUUGAGGGUAGGACCCCAAUAACCUUCUCUGUUAAUAUGUUUUUCUCUGUCAGUCUGCAUCUAGAAAUAUUCUUAAAUGCAGGGGUGUCCAAAAGCUGAUGUAGAAAGGAUAGUGGGAGUUGUUAUUCUAGAACAGCUGGGACUUUACCCGAUGAUCACCCCUAAUAUGUGCGUUUAGCUUUGCAGAAUCUCUUGGCGCAACGUAGACAAAGAGUUACAAUAAAUUAAUCUAUCCCCUCCAGCAGCAGCAUUCAUGUUUGUUUGAUGUGCGGUGCCACAUAUGGGGAAGAGGAGCCCUGUCUGUUACGCAAUGCAGCCAGGUCAAUAGACAGCAUUUUGCUCCAGCUGGAUGCCUUCUGUGCUUCUUCCAACCAAUGGCUGGCAAGGAAUUCUGGGAGAUAUAGUCCCACAGCAGCUGGAGGACCAAGGUUGGGCACCCCUGUUCUAUGGGUUUUCCAUGCCUGCGUUGUGAAUACUGGACAUGUUUUUUUCCCCUUUGUGUUAUUUUAACAAGUUUUAAAAAGGGCUAAAUAUGGCUUUAAUAGUGUACCUAAACUUUGAACCUCUUGAGAACUAGUGGAUAUGUAAUGACACUGGUAUGUCACUUGGUCCCUUAAGGGGCACUCCAGGCACUCAAAUAAAUUAGGGGAAAGGCAGGAAAUGGGUUACAGUUAGUUAUGCUGCAUUUCUUUGCUUUUUUAUUGAGUUUAGUGGGCUUUAUUCUUCUUAUUUAUUUUAAUAUAUUUUAGCCAGAAUUAGUUUUGCUGAGGGCAUUGUUAACCAUAAGGCUACCAUAGGUGGCUGCCUUGUGUCCCUAGGUUAGACAAAGGCCCGGGAACCAUGCCAUGCUUUGCCCCAUUCACCAUCCCCUAUUAAGAAUACUUGUGGAAUCUAAAGCCUUAUCUGGGUUUUGCUCCUUAGACCAACGCUGACGUCACAGGUUUAUUCACUAACCUCGGUAUUGUUGGGAAUUGACUAGGUAAUUUAAUGUUAGGCCAACAAAGUUAAAAAAAAAUCUCCUAUUUUACCAACUUGACUGUUUUUCCAAUUUGAACUCUCUUUGUCAAAUUUCUACAAUUCUUAUUUUAGUGAAUAACCCUGCCUGUAUUUAAAUUUUUUACUUAAAAAAAUAUUAUUGUAUAUGAUGUAAGACUUGGGUUGUAGUUGAGUUGUCAGAAUCCUGCAGUAGAAAACACAUAAUUGAACUGCAACUCCCAGAGUCCAGAGAUAUUCUGUUUUAGCGUUAGGAUUGUUCCUUUAACCCUAUCUAUGAAUCCAGGAUCCUCCUAUAUACCUCAUACAAAAAAAAAAAUUUACAUUUUUUUUUCUCCAUUCCUCUCUUGCUGCUGCUCCGUUCCACCCCCAGGAGACUGUCAGUGAGACAGUCUCCCCUUCCUGUCCAGAGGAAAUUGGCAAAUGCGUCAAUCAAAUGUGGCAAUUUCACAAUAUAAUGCCUCUCAAAAGGAAGCAUUAGACUAAUACACUAUAGAAGAUCUCCCUUCUGCUUGAACAAUUGUUCAGGUGGAAUGAACCAGAAAGCCCUCCUGGCUGUAAGCUUAACUGCUAGGUGGUGUUCCAAAAUUAACUCAUAAUUUGCCAAUUCCUUUUGAAAGUAGAACUUCUAUGAACUGGGACAAGGUGGACACACUAAAGCACUUUAGAGGGGGUUAAUCCUCGCACCAUAAGCACUACUUGGUAUUGUAGUGGUUAUGAUGCUAGUGGGUAGUAGGGUGAACUCCCUGGGUUUGCAUCAAACCACACUUUCAAACAUUUUGAUAGAAACCUCCAUGAAUUGAUAAAUCAGAAGUACCACGUUUGCAUUUGUGAUAUCAAUUUCUUCAACUUUGCACUAAUAUACUGCUGCCAUUGUAAAUUUAGUCAAAGGGCUGCAGUGGCUACAGGAAGAAAACAUUUUUUUUUUUUUUUUUUUUUUUACACAUUAUAUUUUUGUUUAGUAUCUUUUCACAUUUUAAUACACAUUUGUAAUGCAUAAAAAGAAUAAAAGGAGUAAAAGGAGCCUGGAGAGUCCCUUUAAGGUGAUAAUCUUAAAAGUCACGUGAUAUAUGUAUUUAUGAUAUAAUGCUUUUACUUAAAUACCUAUUAUCUGUAUGGUUGACUAUGCGUGCAUCCAGAUAAAGAGUUAUAAAAACAGGCAGCCAUAACCCUGCAUUCCUAGCUCAGGUUAUACAGAACUUAUUUAGUUUAUGUUAACAAGCUUUGCCGAGGGUGAGGUGCACACACUAUAAAUUUCAUUUAACCCCUUUUCGGUCAUGUCUUAAAGGGAAACUCAUUUGAUUUCACAUGGGGAGUGCAUGAGUUUCACAUACUGCAGGGCAGCACUUUCAAGCCCUGUCCAAUAUGGUGAAGAACUCAUAGUGAAGAACUCAUAGGGACCCCAAAAAGAUCUGCUGAUCUGGAACCUAACAUUGAAUUCAUCAGAACUGCUUAAAGCAAACUGUAUUAGCUAUUGGCAUCACAGGAUGUCGUACAUUUAGAUAUUUUCUUGUUAUUAUCAACAUUUAUUUAUUAAGCGCCAAUAUAUUCUGCAGAGCUAAACAAUUAAAGAAAGGGCUGACAGUAAGGAAGUAAACAAUAUAUAUUUAGAAUGGAAUUCAAAACCUUUCCUGUGAGCUUACAAUCCAUCCUUUCUAACACAUUUGUACAACAGUAUUCAGUUAAAUAGCAAGCUUUCUAAGUGGCGUGUGAUUAUCCAGGAUGUUACCAUAAUUAUUGUCCAAGAUGUUACCAGAACAACUUGAUUUAGAUUAAGUAGUUAUGGUGACUGGAGUGUCCCUUUAAGUCUGUGAAAGUUUAGCCUCCCACAAAUUUACGUUAAUGAAAUUAGUGUCACCUACCAGAUAGGUGUGUUGACUUUAAAUCCAUAGUUUGCAUAUCUAGACUCUCUGCGAUAAAUGAGAGUUCAGGGUGUCCCUUUAAGAGUUUGCCCUUGGUUUUGCCCUGAAAACACAGAGGCGAAGAAACUACAAACUAAUAUCAUAGUUGCAGUCCUAUGCUGUAAUACAUUAAAAGGCAAUAACAAGUUUUAUAUUUACUAUAAUUAAAUUAAACAAAAGACUGAUUUGAUUACUAGCUGCCGUGAAGAGCACUUUUAGUUUUUACAUUUGAUGUAGCUUUAAUAUCCUCUCUUGAUGAUGCAUACAUGUUGUAUAUGUAGCAAUCCCUGGUCCUGUUAUAAUAUAAAUUUUUUCAGAAACCCUUUACUCAUGACCUUUUACGUCCACUGAUCAGACCUUUCUUUUUUUCUAGAAUGGAUAUGACCUACACAAACUGAAGAAGCCUUUGCGGAUAAACAUGCAGAAUCUCUGCUUGGCAUCCAACAAUCCCCCACCUUUCAAGGUACAUCUGAGUUUAGAGAGUCAUCUCAAUGUGCCAACCCGAAAAUCACCAGAGGAAAUCGGAGCAACUGUCCCUAGCUUUCAUGACUACGUAUCCCAAAUAGUAGGGGCUGGAGACUAUGACCUAAAAAGCCAUUCAGGUGAUGUUCUCCAUAGUUAUUUUAUGGAAGGCCACGGUUCCUCAGCUGGAAGCCUCAGUUCACUGGACUCUUUAGCUGUUGAGGAAGAUGUGAAUUCUGACUACCUCAGUGGAUGGGGCUCAAAGUUCGACAGGCUUAAAGAACUUUACCAGGCCUCAGACAGCCAAGUUUAAGAACUUACAGUAUGGAAACACAUGACAGAGACAGGCCACAUACAUUCUGAAGCUAAAACAUUGAAAGGACACAUUAAUUUAUAUGCCUGGUUGACAGACCCUUUUUCAUAUGGUAUGUAAAAAAUAAAUUUGUUAGUUACAGUUUUGUUUCUUCUGGG